CGUCCACUCUCUCCGCCCAGUGCUGUCAGUGCUCCUGUUUCCGGGGCACAGACCUACAGGUGACACCCGAGACGGCAGGAGGGGCGGGUCAUAGGAGCACUGUCACCCCACAACAACCAUAACAACAACAGCAACAACAACAAGGUAAUAGCAAUACAGCCUGACACCAUAACAACAACAGCAACAAGGUAAUUAGCAAUACAGCCUGACACCAUAACAACAACAGCAACAAGGUAUUAGCAAUACAGCCUGACACCAUAACAACAACAGCAACAAGGUAAUAGCAAUACAGCCUGACACCAUAACAACAACAGCAGCAAGGUAUUAGCAAUACAGCCUGCCACCAUAACAACAACAGCAACAAGGUAAUAGCAAUACAGCCUGACACCAUAACAACAACAGCAACAAGGUAAUAGCAAUACAGCCUGUCACCAUAACAACAACAGCAACAAGGUAAUAGCAAUACAGCCUGACACCAUAACAACAACAACAGCAAGGUAAUAGCAAUACAACCUGCCACCAUAACAACAACAGCAAGGUAAUAGCAAUACAGCCUGCCACCAUAACAACAACAGCAAGGUAUUAGCAAUACAGCCUGCCACCAUAACAACAACAGCAACAAGGUAAUAGCAAUACAGCCUGCCACCAUAACAACAACAGCAAGGUAUUAGCAAUACAGCCUGCCACCAUAACAACAUCAGCAAUAAGGUAAUAGCAAUACAGCCUGCCACCAUAACAACAUCAGCAAUAAGGUAAUAGCAAUACAGCCUGACACCAUAACAACAACAGCAAGGUAUUAGCAAUACAGCCUGACACCAUAACAACAACAACAACAAGGUAUUAGCAAUAGCCUGACAUCAUAAAUACCAACUAUAACAACAACAAGGUAAUAGCUCAAAUACCAACUAUAACAACAACAAGGUAAUAACAAUACAGCCUGAAAUCCUAAAUAACAAAAACAAAGUAAUAGCAAUACAGCCUGACAGCCCAAAUAAGAACUAAACACCCUAUCACUCAUACCAUGGGACACACUAUUACAACAGUAGCACUACUGACACCCCUGUAAUCAUAACAACUCCAGCCAGGGUACAAAGGAAGUGUGUGAUAUUACUCUCCCAGCCCUUUUAUGAAGUGAUCCCAAUGUCCAGUAAUUGUACAUUACAAUGUGUAGGGACUGGAGCCUGCAGUGAGAGCUGAUAUAAAUCAAUAAUCAAUAGGUCACUAUCUAGACUACAUGAAUGUCACUCAGCUCCUUAGACCCCAAAAUUCACCAAUCCUACAGAACUAGUUGUAAUAAGUGUUGUCAUAAUUGAGAGCUAAUAUAGCAUUAGUAAUUGACCCAUAUGUUGGACACUUUUAAUGUCCUACAUGUUUUUUUAGCAUGUGUAAAGUAUGGUAUUUGUAAAGUUACUCUCAUUCAAAAUCUUAUGAUGUGAUCCCCGCAAUAAACUAAUUGUAUCAUGGGAAAUCAUAAAAUAUCAUGGGAAAGUGAUUGAGGUAUCAAUAAUCAAUCAUUAUGUUUGAGUUGUGAUUAUUCCAUAUGAUCAUUAAUUUAUGGUGCAAUAUUUAUGCUGCUGAAGAGAAGUAAGUUAACCCCUAAAGGAUGCAUGACGGAAAAUUUCUGUCAUGCAGUAUUUUUCUAGCAUGAUCUAUUACCUUGCUGGUAAGUAUGAGCCCCAGGUAUCAUUGAUUCUGCCAGAAUUAGUGGCCCCAGACUGACCAAUGCUCUGUUUUGCAGAGCUCAAACUAAGCGCUGCAAACAAGCAUUUAAAUGGGGAUUUAAAUCCCCACUAUUACAAUUUGGUGUGAUCAGGGUUAAAUCCCUGCUCACACAAUGGAGCAGGGCCGGCGCCACCGUUAGACAAACUAGGCAUUCGCCUAGGGCACUGGCCUGCUGGGGGCGCCCACCGUGAUAUUUCCAGGUGGGCUCCCCCUGUAUGGGUCCGCAGCGCUUGGCGGGCGGCUCUAGAGCUGCCCCCCUUAGCGCCGGGCGCUCCUCCAGGCGCCCGAAGGUGGGGCGCCUGAAGGUGGGGCACCCAGAGGAGCCAUGUCACAGCGUGGCAGAGCAGGCACCUUCUUACCUUGAUGACAGGUGCCUGCUCUGCCAUCAAGUGCCGGUGACCGUAGGAGAAUGCAGGCGGCAAGGGAGGCUCUUCUUGCAGCCUCUCACUCCUCCCACGCCGCCGAGUGAGUGUGUGAGUGAGUGAAUGUCUGUCAGUGAGUUUCUGCGUGUGUAUGUAUGUCAGUGUGUGUGUGUGUCUGUCAGUGAAUGAGUGACAUGAAGGGGGCAGCAAAAAUCCUUGCACCGGCCCUGAGUGUAAGCAGGGUUAAAUUUUUGCUCACACCAGGAUACCUAGGUAUCAAUAGAAACCUGGGGCUUCCCUCUGUCAGCUGGGGGCAUGUUUAGUGGCCCCAGACGUUUUGAUGAGCUGCGUACAGUGCUGAAAGUCAGCACUGCAUGUAGCCCUUUAAAUUCACAAAGAACACUGCAGCUGAGCGAUCAUGCUCAGCUACAGUCAUUCUCUCAAGUGAUCUGGUGCUUGGGAGACCCCCAGGGUCUGAAGAGACCCUGGAGGGUCACUCUCUAUGCCCCAAUGCUAUUCUGAUCAGUGCUGGGCUUUUUCAGUUGCCCAGCACAGAUUGCAUUGCAUUGCAUUGGGCAUAAUGUCUACCACUGUCUGUUUUAGUUUAAAAUCCCUUUACUAAUAUCAGUACUGAUAUUAGCAGAGGGAAACCUUUGGGAUUAAGAUUAAAUUAAGGAUUAUUUAGUUUAGAAUAAGUAUUAGAUUUAUAAUCAGGUUUAUUAUUGGGUUUAUUAUUAAGUUUAAAAUUAGGUUUAUAAUUAAUUGUAGUAUUGGGAUUAUGUUUCAGAUUAGGAUUAGGGUCAGCAGGGCAUCCCUUGCUGAAUAUAGCAAGGGAAUUCCUCUGUUGACACCAGCAGGGGGAAUCAUUUUAACACUAUUGCUAAAGGUAGGAUUGAGAUUAGGGUUACAUAUGGGAUUACGUCAUGGGUUAGGAUUGUGGUAAGGGUUUAUGAUUAGAUUGAGGGUUAGAUUUGGGAUUAGGAUUUGGGAUUAAGAUUAAGUUUGCUACUUUAUGCAUAUGGGGUAUAUUUGUACUGAGAAGAUGUUGCUGAGUACAGAUAAUUUUAUAACAGUGGGACACACGGGAUUUAAAAAAUAAGCAUAAAAAAAACCGAUGUGUAUGUAAACACAAACUUUGAAACAAAAUGGUAACAAAAUGUCACUUUAAUAAAGCUUAUAAUAUUUUAUGUGAGAGUCCCUAUGGUGUCCACUUUUGUAAAUGGUAUGCAUUAGUGGUGUAAUUUAAAUAUAUGAGUGACUAAAAUGCCCCAAAAUGAAACAAAGACCCAUCGUCAAUUUGCCAUUAAAAACCCCCCAAAAAACUGUGCUGGGCCGGGUAUGAUUUUAGACCUGUAUUUUCACAAACACCUGGCUAAAGUAUACAAAAGGGGUCAUUUUGUACUCAGGAAAUAUAGCUGAGAAUAAUUUAGUGAUUUUACUUUACAGUAGCAUAUAUCAAGUAUCAAAAAUUAACCACUAAAAUACGUGUGUAUAAAAAUGCAAGAAUAAAACAAUAUGAUAAAAUUUGAAAGAAAUUGGUACUAACAUAACUGUAUAAUAAAGCUCAAAAUAUACUAUAUGACAUAGCCCAUGGUGUCUACUUUCACAAAUUGUAUGCAUUUAUGGGGUAAUUUUAACUGUCAGACUGCUACAAUGCCCUAAAAUGUCAUAUAGAUACAUCAAAUUCAUUCAUUUAUCAAAAUUCUAAUUGUAAAAGCUGUAAUGGUCAGGACUCUUUUUAAUGUAGCUUCACAGGAUAGUUGCAAAGACAUACAUUGGGGGUAUUGUUUUAUUCUUAUUCAGAAGAGUUUGCCAAGCAUAAUUAUGGGGGUUUGGUCACAGUGGCACAUACCAGACUUGAAAAAUGACCCCCAAAAAUGUAAUGUGUAUGUAAAAAAAAUGCAAAAAAAUAUAUUACCACAAAGUUUGACAUAAACUGGUGAAAAAGUACCAUUACGUUAAGGCACAAUAUACACCAUAUGACAGGGCUUGACAAAUUUGCUUUCAAUCUAGGAGCCAGGUAAAAAAGUUGGGAGCCAUUUUUUUUCCAACGACAGAAAUACAAUUCUUAAAAGGACACUAUACUCGCCAGAACUACUACAGCUUAAUGUGUAUGUUAGUGGGGGCUGGCUGCAGCUGAUGGGAGCAGCUGUGGUUGUUCCAAACUCCCCUCCUUCUUUCUCCUUACUCCCAUGCAGACCUCUGUGUGCCAGGAGGAAGUCAAGGGAACUGUAAUUACUUCCUCCCGGCGCGCAAGGGAAAGGGCGGGCAGCCGGCUCUACUUAAAGGGGCGGGCUGGAGGGCUGGCUCUGAGGGAUGCGGAUGGCUGGGCCGACUCUGAGGGUUGUGGAUGGCCGGGCCGGCCCUGAGGUCCAGCUUUGCUCAGUGUGGGUGGGCGGGCUCGGAAGAAUGCGGGCGGGCGGCAAGCUGUCAGUCUUUAAAUGCUGCCCUUCAAGCUUGCAAUUUUCCUGUGGGAGGAAGGAGGGAACGGGCCGACCAAUCAGUGUGGGUGGGCGGGCUCGGAAGAAUGCGGGCGGGCGGCAAGCUGUCAGUCUUUAAAUGCUGCCCUUCAAGCUUGCAAUUUUCCUGUGGGAGGAAGGAGGGAACGGGCCGACCAAUCCCAGACGCCAGGGCAAAAUUCUUAGUCGCCACGGCAACAGGGUGCCUGGGAUUUGUGGAGCCCUGCCAUAUGAGAUACACUGUAGUGUCUACUUUCACAAAUGGUAGGUCCUUGAGGGAUAAAUUCAACAUUCAAACUACUACAAUGCCCCAAAAUGAGACUCGCACCCAUCAAAAUUAUCACUGUGAAAAAAAUGGUCAGGUCUCUUUUAUUGCACUGUAACUUCACAGGAUAGUGGCAAAGGAAUAGAUUGAGGUAUCGUUUUACUCAGUAGAUAUGGCUGAACACAAUAUGGGGUUUUCUACAGCAGUAGUAUAUAUCAGCUUUAUGAAAUACACAUUAAAAAACCUUGUAUGUUAGAAAUCUAAAAAAAACACAAUUUUACUACAUAAUUUAGCAGAGGUUUGCGGCAAAAUGGCUAAGUGUCAGAAUACCCUUAGGUAAAUAGCCUGUGAUGUGUACUUUAUAUAAAUAUAAAGUUUUGUGUGGCAAUUUUGCUUUCUGUGAUGGCUAUUAAGCUUACACGACAAACAUACCAAAUUCUAAAAUAGCUCCAUAUUAAAAUUUUAUUUUACUCCUUGUAUUUUGUGACCUGUAACUUUCAAAAUAAGCUGAAAUCCUAGGCAUAUUAUGUACAGCCUGCACUGAGUAAAGUGGCAAAGGUUAGCUAUCGCUUCUUGAUUGGAUUACUUGACAUUCAAACAUGCAAUUAAUAAGCGGUUAUAAAAGUGCUGGAAACUGCAGCCUUUGCUGAUGACCUCUUGUUUUUCGUUUUUCUUUCUUUAACAAUUUAUCGGGCGGGAUUAGAGGGUGGAGCAAAGCUGUUUGUUCAACGCCUAUUAAGCAUCCAGUAGAAAUCUGUAUACUGGUUUUAAGUGAAUUGAGGCUUGUUAGUAUUUGGUCAUUAAGUCUUCCUCGCAUGAUAAUAAUAGUGUUAAAAUAUGUUCAUACCGCUGUCUUUGUGGAUCUCAGUUAUUGCUCUUUGAAAUAAAAAUUCUGAAAAUCAAUACAAUUACAUUUAAUACAUAAGAACAUUUAUCAAGUUAACUGCCAGAAUUGGAUACUGUAUAUACAAAAUCAGUUGCCACCUAUAUUUAAUUCAAUGUUAUCAUGAUUGGUGAUUAGAUUUGUACAGUAACCAAUUCACUUCUAUCUGAUGUGAUCCUGUUAUGGAUGAUUAUUAGGUCUCCAGGAUGCAUCCUCAAUAAACUUGUUAUUGAGGACUGUAUUGGAAAGUAAAUCACAAGGUGAGUGAAUAUUGAAAUUGAAGGUAGAGGAGACCCUUGAAACAAGGGGAUCCUAGAUAGUAACUCUAAAUACACAGAAAAGGAAAUGGACCAGAUAGCUUCAGGGAAAGUGGAGAGGCAACAGAUACAUUGCGCAGUUAUGAUAGAGAAAAAGGUUAAAUAAACCCCCAGCAAGCAUCCCAGAAUAGGUAGGAGGGUAAAUAGGAAAGGAGAACCCCCCCCUUCCCCUUUUAUGUUAGCUGCCUGAAAUAAUUCAGAUUGAGCAGACUGGCCUUGCUGUCCACAAAGCAAAAAACAAACACAAAGGAGCCCCCACACUAGCGAUACAGUAGUAGGAUAGCCUGCCUGUCAAAAAUAGAAGAGACUUCCAGGGUUGGUAACCCUAACACCAAUAAAUGUUGCAAAGCUCCCCCACAGGAUAGUGCUAAACUAACUACAAACGCUAAUUCCCUAUGUCCGGUCCAACAGGGUGCUAGAUGCAAACACUAAUAAGAACAUAAGUGCUGCCUAAGUGCUAAGUGCUACCUAGUGAAAAAAUAAUAAAUAAAAAUGUGAAACACUCAACGCACGUUUCAGCGUGACUACUCGCCAUCGUUAGGAGUGUGAUCCUGUUAUGGAUGAUUAUUAGGUCUCCAGGAUGCAUCCUCAAUAAACUUGUUAUUGAGGGCUGUAUUGGAAAGUAAAUCACAAAGUGAGUGAAUAUUGAAAUUGAAUUUACAAUUGUUACAUACAUUAUUUAUUGCUGCUUAAAUUUAAAUUAUUACCGUAUUUUAAAGAUCAUUAAUGAAGGGCGAAUAAGAGAAUCCCCUGUUUAACCCUAGGUGGGGUUAAGGUUUUUAAAUGGUAGAUCCAAAAACAUUCUCUUCGCCUAAGGCGUUUGUCCAAGUUUCCUUUGAUCUAAUUUGACCAAUUCAAUGCCCAGGAACUUCAGUACAGUGGGGUCGCCAUGAUGUACUGACUUAACAUGUCUAGAGACUGGGGUCUCUCUAUUUUGAGUAGUCCUCACUGAAUUAAUGUGUUCCAAUAUUCGCCGUUUGAAUGGACGAAAAGGUUUGCCCACAUACAUCAUAUUACAUUGACAUAAAAUUAAGUAGAUGACACCUUUGGUAUUACAAUAAAAAAAUUAGGGUUGAAAUUUUUCCAUGUGAGCGCUGUUUUCAAAGAAUUUUGAGUUUUUACAGAUGAAAUUACAUGCUUUGCAAUGUCCACUCCUAUAGGUACCUAUCAAUUUGUUUGACGGCCAGUGGGUAAAAGGUGAUGUAUUUUUGGAAAAUGCCAUGCACCAAAAGGUCAUUAAGAUUUUUUUCCCAUUCUGGCUAUUGUUGAUGCACUUGGUGGAAUUCCAUCCUUCAGAUGUUUGUCUUGUUUGAAGAGUGGCCAGAAUCUGUUCAUAAUGGCUUUAACCUGAUCCCAACCUGCAUCGAAAGUCGCCGCACAUCUAAGUUUUUUUUUUUUGUUUUUUUUUUUAUCUGAGUGACUGUAAGCCGAAGGGGCAGUAUUAUCUUCCCUUAAAAGGCUAUCCCUUUCCUUUAAGAGAGCUCUAUGAUAGGCUCUCUUCAAGCAUUUGUUUGGAUAGCCUUUUGCUCUAAAUAUGAAACAUAGUUCCUUUGCCCUUUUCUGAACGUCCUCAACAUCCGAACAGUUUUUUCUAAGUCGUAGGUAUUACCCUGUUAGAAUGCCUCUUUUUUUUUUUUUUUUUGGUGAGCUGGGUGGAAACUACCCAAGUUCAACAGGCUGUUGGUGGCAGUACUUAUUCUGAAUAGAUCAGUUUAAAUUUUUCCAUUUGGCUCAGGAGUCAAAGUUAUGUCCAGGAAGUUGAAAAACAGAUUGCCUACCUCUGCAGUAAAUCUCAGAUUCAAUAUGUUGUUAUUUAAGGAUUGUACAAAUAGGAAGAAGUCUUCACACGAUCCUAUCAAAAUGAUCAGAAUGUCAUCAGUGUAUCUCUUCCAUGACAUUGGACAAAUCUGUUGAGGGUCAGAGAAGACUACUUUUUUCCCAACAACCCAGGUGCAGGUUGGCAUAUGAGGGAGCACAAGACGUCCCCAUCGCCGUCCCCUGCACCUGGUGGUAGUAUAUCCCGUCAAGUAUAAAAAAAAGUGUGGGUUAAUACAAAUUUUAGAUUGAUUGUAGAAUCACUAUGUUUUUCUAGAUGUACUCCCCUUUUAGUCAAAAAGUAUUUGACAUGUUUGAGGCCUAAGUUGUGUGAAAUUGAGCUGUACAAGGCUUCAACAUCCAAACUAUAAAGUAUAGAAUUAGUGGGCAUCCUUUCAAAUGCCAAGUCUGCUAAAGUUUGCUUUGUAUCCCUUAGGUAUGAGGGUAGGCUAAUUACCAGCGGUCUUAAAAUACGGUCUACAUAAAUGCUCACCUUUUGUGUCAUAUUUUCGUUCCCUGACACUAUAGGUCUUCCUGAAAGUACUGGACUUUGUGUCUUGGGUCGACUGUAAAAUAUAUAUAAACGUGGGUUUCUGAUAAGCAUAAAUUCAUAUUCAUUGUUGGAGAUCAGAUUUUCACGAAGUCCUAUUUGUAGGAUCUUUUUUAACUUAAAAAAAAAAAAAUGCCGUUGUAGGUGGUUACAUCAGUAAGACUUUUCUUUGCUAUGUCGACAUAUUGUGAGGUAUCUAGGAUUACAAUAUUCCCCCCUUUAUCAGAAGGUUUAAUGGUUAUCCCCUCCCUCUUUCGUAGGUUCCUUAAGUGCUUGGUCUUCCCUCAUUGUUAAAUUGGAAUUAGUUUUAGGGAUGGUGGAAAUAGUGUCUUUCCCUACAUACCAAUUCUACAAAUGUUUCAACAUAUGUGGAUCCCCCAAGUUGUGGACAAUAUUCACUCUUUUUUUUUUUUUUCUCAAGUCAGUAAGGGGACUGUGAGUUCCCCCCUCUAAAUAAUUUUCAGCUAACAAUUCUGAUAACAAAAGUGUUAAUUGAUAGUCCCUUGGCUUAAGGCCUAAGGCUUUUGCUUUUUUCUCAUUUUUUGAACAUUGUGUAGCAUUCAUUUUCUUGUGAAAAGGUGAACAUCCUUGACACAGUUGAACUUCUCAAAGUGUGGAGUUGGGAUAAAUGAAAGUCAUUUCCGAAGUACUUAAAGUUCUAACUGGGUCAAGGUAUGUUUGGACAAAUUCAUGACUUGAUUAUUGGCUACUGUCUGUUCAAACCAGUAAAGGUGGAGUGUGUUGCCUGUAAUUCUGUGUCCGAACUGCUCGAUUCAUACUCAGGCGUAGAGACCUGAUCUUUAUCUAUUCUUCUCUUUCUCUAAAACUUCCUUUACACAUUUCCAGUUUUAAAGUCUUUAUGGUCUUUUAGAUAUUUUUGAUGUUUUCUUUGUUUAAUAAUCGCCUGGUAUUUUUCCAGAAUAUUUUAAAGUUUAUUUUCAUUUAGACUAAAAGUUGGAUCCUGCUAGAAUUGCUGCACUUUUUCAAUUUAUUUAUCUACUUUAUCUACUUUUGUUAUUUCUUACUUUCGUAUUUGCAGAUAAUCUGCAUUAAUCGAGCUGAACAUUGGCCUGCAGCUUCCUCCUAUUCCUUCACAAAUUCAUCCUAUGCAAUAUUUGUAGUGGGUAUAGUAGGUACUCUAAGGCCCCUGCGAAUCAGUCCCUUUUUUAAGAUAAUUUUUCUAGGUAGGAUAUUUCCCAUCUAGUCCUAAUCUGUUGUUUAUAUAGAUUGGUCAGAGAGUUGAAGCCUGCAGUCAAAGAAUAAUUAUCCCCCCCUUUCCAUUUCAAAUUAGAUUCAGAGAACACUAAUUCAGCAUCCAGAUACCACACAGAAGCAUCCUUUUUGUUAGAGAGGAAUCCUGCUAUUAUUUCUUCUUGGAAUAUGAUCUUUAAAAAAAAAAAUAAAAAAAUAAAAAAUUUUUUAAAGCGACAUUAGUUUGCUUAGUAUCUCCCUAUUCCCAUUUUCCCAUACCAGAUAGGAAUUCCAUAUUUCUAUUGGAACUCUUCCUUAUUAUUUUGAUAAAAUAAGGGUUAGACACUGAAUUAGGGUAUGGAUUAGGAUUAAGGUUACUUUUAUUACCUUUAGAUUUGGGAUUAGGUAGUUUAGGGUUAAGGAUUUAGACUGGGAAUCAUUUAUUCACAACACUAUCUGACCCCCUUACUGAUACCGGAGAAACUGACGGAAGCAAAGCACAGAGGGAUGGACACAGGUUUCUUCAGGAAGGAAGAGAUUCUUUAUUGGAUCACCGAUCGGGACUCAGAGGGACUAAUGUCACCAAAAAUACAGCAAGUUCUGAGCCCUGAACAAUAGUGCAGGCUCCCUAUAUAGGCACAUAACUCCUCCCAUUAAUAGCUACACCCACAUAUACCUUUAACCAAUCAAUGAGCAGAAUAUAGACUUGUACAUCUAGUCAAACCACAUGGCCCAUCCAAGACAAAGGAAAUAAGUGCAAUUUCAGUUCCUGCAUUCCUGCACAUGCUCAGUACACUGAUGACAGUAUCCUAGCUACAUGUAGCUAACCAACUGACACAACAUACACAUAUGCCACAUGGAGAUUUUGGCCUACUAAAUUUUAACCAUGCUGGAAUCCCAUCACAUUCCCCCCUUUGAUGCCUCUUGAUAUUUUACAAUUACUUGAGGCAUCACUUAACCUUGGUUUGCAUACACCACAAGUUACCUUUGAACCAGACCAGACUUAUCCUAUGAUGUGAAUCUUCAACACUCGUCUUCCUGCAUUGGUUCUCCCUGAUCUAGAGCCUUAUAUUUAUAAAUUGCCAUUAUCUGUGCAGCAGCCUUCCUCUCUGCUAUAUUUUCUAUCAGGCUUUGCACAGACCUAACUACUAAGGGUAUAAGACACGGCAGGAGUAGACACAACAUUAAAAUCAGUAGGACUCCACCUACCACUGCCUUAAGCCCUCCAAACCACUCAUACCAGCUACCAAACCAACUACUUGGAUUGUACCCUUUCCAUACCUGAGUAGGCACAUGCGCUAGUUUAACCAUGUGGCUUGUAAGUUCAGCUAUUGCUUGCCCUUCGUCAUCUAUUUGAAGACAGCAAUUGCUCAGGUUAAACUUCCCACAUACACCUCCCUCUACUGCCAAAAGAUAAUCCAAGGCUAAUCUAUUUUGGUAAACUGCUGUCCUCAUCCUGGUAUUAUGCUUCGCUAGAAGAUUGAGCGCUUGUGAUGUCUCGUUAGUAAUGAUCUCAACCACCGCCUGUAACCUUAUAAUGCGGUUGAGCAUAUAAAUAGGGGUUCUAUAACCAAAGGUACCAUCCUCUGCCCACGUGGCUGGCCCAUAAUAAUCUAUAAUACGCUGGGGAGGCCAUUCAUUAUCUUCCCAGGCACCUAUCUCUAUGGGUCCCCUUUUCUUCCUAUGAUUCACAUCAUACACUUUAACACCUAAAGUCUCACCUGUUUCAAUAGGCAACAAGAAGAAAGAUGGCUUUGGCAUACCUAAUACACAUGCCCCUUCCCAAUCUUGUGGUAACUCCGAAUAGGCCUUCUUACCACAGAUCCAGUACAAAUUCGCUGGGGCUCUCCAGUUAGAUGUGAUGGAUAGAUCAAACCAUACGUCCUUUAAAUUGGCAUAUCUUGCAAACGGGUUAGAUGGUUCUGAGACAUUUGAAGCUGACCACCAAGUAGUAUUUUUAGUAUUAACAUUAUAGGCUUUUUGUCCCAAGCACGUUAGCUCACCUACAGACGUGUUAUACAUUGUCCCUUUCCUGGCUAUACAAACAUGACCUAUAAUGGAGGUUUUUAACCACCAUUCCAAUUUACUUCUAGUACUUACUUGAUGAUCAGACUGGAAAGGUAUCUGUUGUUCAUAUGUCUCAGAGCCAGGGUACCAUAUUUCCUUUGCCUCCCAUGGCCACUGGUCUCCCAUAUUAGUACCUCCACACACAUAGCAAUUAGUUACAUUAAGACUACCUGCAAUACCCUCAGCCAAAUCAAUAAAUAGGUUGUUAACAUUAUGGGGAAUUUUAUCCUCAAUACUCAUCUCCUCAUAGAAGGAAUGAGAAACCUGAUGAGUUUGAGUUGCCACUGUCUCAGUUUCAAGACCUACAUAUAUUAUUGUUCCUGAAUCUACUCCUGUGCCAUAUAUUUGAACCCAAACAGACCUCCAAACCUGUCAAUAAAGUACUGCAGAUUGGAAAUGGUCAUGUGAACGGGGUUACACACAUAGUUUUACAGUAUGGUGUGGUAGGCAACCUUUGGAUAAUCAUAUCUUGAUCCACUGUUUUUCCCAGGUUGCCCAACCUACACAUGACCAAUAGGGGCAGAAGUUAGUCUCUAUUUGGGCAAUCAGGAUCAGUAGAUCUUUUACUGGGACAUAAGUAUUUAUCAUUAAACCCAUAAGUUCGUUCCCAUUUAAGAUUACCACAUACAUUCCAAAGUCUUCCACUACCCGAAAUCGCCUUACAUGCAUCAAAUAGUAGAAUACCCGUGGAAUGUAUGGUGCUUAUCACAGUCCUAUUUAUUAAUGUCCCCUGGGAGUUACUAUUCCGAAUUACCAACCAAAUUGUACGGGGUUGGAAAUGGGGAUCAAAACAUUUAGACUCUCCUGAUAUUGGCUUGCACACACUAUAAUCAAUAUCCAAAUAUCUACAUUUAGAUACAGAUCCCUUACAUUCAUACUGUGAGUGCCAGAUGAAAGUUUGGGAUAUUUGGUUACCUGUUUUAGUAGUCUUAAUGCAACUAUCGCAAUUCGGUAUGUCUGUACUCCUACCUUCCUGAAAAAUCAUAAAAAUACUAAGACACAAUAAAACACAUUAUUCCUGAAAUCCUCAUUUUUCUUCAACCGUGCGAUGGCCUCUCAGCUUCCCGAUUGUGAGGGCUGCAAGGAUGUUGUUCUUCUGAUCCUCACUUUCCUUCACAGAGAUCCCUUCAAGAUACUCUGGCUAUGACACGUAGGCAGGUGGUCAGGCUUUAUUAUGGCCGUCAAAACACCUACUUGAUGAUCUUUGUAGACUUUUAACUAGAAUGUCUCGAUAUCCCCUCGUCACUCCGACUGAGUUGCACGCUUCAACCGGGUCCUGCAAGGAUUCUCAGGAUCUGGAGUAGCUUGCCAAGAGUCUGCUGCUGGUUUAACCUUAGAAUGAUGAAUCCAAGGAGUCACUUCCGCCACCUUUACAGCUGUUGGGGUAGAUAAAAGAACAACAUACAAAGGCUAACAGGAUACACCCCGAGCUUUAACUCAAUAUGUAUUGGUGGGAUAUUACGAGCAAGUCCUGGAGGAUUAUUUUCUUCCCAUACUCCUGGAAUGUCAAGUAAGGAUUCAUCACUCUUAGGGUUAACACUUGUCACUAUGGAAUAGAAGCGUCAUUCUUCUUCCCUCGGCACCGAUAUCACCAUUAUGCCUGGUAAUCCCUUAAACUUCAGAGAUGUUAAUCCAUUAGGUAAAAGGUUAUCUGAGUUUAAAGCUUCGAUAAUAGAUCUCGUCCUAAAAGUUGAGUCGGACACUCUGGCAUAUAUAGGAACUAAUGCUUCACCACAUGGCCUCCCAGAAUACAAGUGCGACUCUUAAGAACCGGUCUAGCUGCACUUCUCCCAGUAGCUCCUAUCACAGUUAUAGUCUUCCCCGAAGGCGGAGCCACCAUCUUAGUCACCACAGAAUGUUCAGCACCUGUGUCGAUCAUGAAAGAACUUCUCUUUCCCCCUAUUGCUACAUCGACCAUAGGCUACGCUCGACCAAGUGGGAUGGAGCCCAGUCGGUAUCAAUAGUCUUCCAUGAUAGUGUCAGCCAGACCCACAAAAUCUCUAUCCUCUCUUUCUCUAGGUCUCUGCGUGGGUGGAUAGUAUCUGUCUCCUUGAACACUUCCUCUACUAUUCCCACCAUUCCCUCUAAAACUUCCUCUUACUCUAUAACUACCACUAUAACCUCCUCUCUCCUUAUCUAUCACCUUCAUACUGCUCUCUCUGUGGACACUCACUCUUCCAAUGUCCCUCCUUUCUACAAUACGCACAUUAAUUCCUACUUAAAGUCCCUUGCUCAGCCUAUUCUCGUCUCCUCUAUUCACUUCCCUGUCUUUCUACACUUAAGAUAGCUACCGCUAGCAUAUCUGCCUUUUUCCUCAUUUUACGUUCUUCCUCCAUCUCCCUAUUCAUAUAUACUGUAUUUGCAAUCUCCAUUAGCUGUAUUAUGGACAUCCCUACAAAUCCCUCUAAUUUUCUUUAAUUUCCUUUUACUAUCACCUUGGGCCUGGCUGACAAAUGCUGAGUCUAUCAUUCGGAAGUUUUCAGGGGCCUCUGGAUUAAAGGGAGUAUACAACCUAUUUGACUCAAGCAGUGUCUAAUAUGGGACUUCGGCAAGGCUGCCCAAUAAUAGGUUCCAGUCUAGGAGUAGUAAGAUAAUUUUAUUAGUCAGCAUUUGGUGGAUGAAAAAACGUUUUUUUUUUUUAAAGUGUUAAACCAAAAACCUACCAGUAGGUGUCACCAGAGGGUAAUUGUAUCAAAAUAAUCUUUAUGGGUCUAAUAAGAAAACUCAACUUUUAAUAUAUUUAUACAUAAAAUAAAACCUUAUAGCAAUAAAUAUAUUAAAAUAGGGUAAGCAAUCCUACAUCUAUCUGUUAUAAACAAUGUAUUAUCAAUGUAACUCCCGAAGAUGGCCAGUAGGUGGCUUAGAGUGCCUCCCUAAAGUCAAAUGAAACAAAUAGACUUUAAUUAAUUAUGUCCUAUUUUAUUAUUACUUAUUUUAAUCAAUGUCCACCCUGCUAGCUAGGCUUGAUUAAAUCUUUAGUUCUAAGGUAAAUUAAACAUUUCAGUUUGUAGUUUAGUAAAAGGGGACAUUUUGGACAAAGCUGGGAGGGGCCCAUCCAGUAACUAAAAAAAACCAAUAUACCAUUUGAUACCAUUGAUCAUUGAUUAGGGGGAGGGGUAGUACAGAAAUACAAGAGUUUGAAACACAGGAACAGAUAGGUAUGUGGGUAGGCGGGGACAGUAGAGCAGGGGAGUGCAAAUACUGAUUAUACCAGCCAGAAAUGGGCGUGGCUAAUCUGGCUCUGGAGGAUGUUUGGGGGGUUGGUAAUCAGAUGCCAGGGGGGGAGGGGAUGUCCAAAGCAGUUGUAAUUAAGUCCUUAGUUCUGACCACCAUGUGGCUACAUUGUUUCCCAUGUGACACAGUUUAAUUCACCAAGGCAACAAUCAGUUUCCAACAGUCAAUAUAUAGAAACUGAUCAUAGAAUUCCAGCCUACUAGUUACAGCCACAUGUACACUCUGCACUAAAUUUAAGUGAAGACUGCUACAUGGAGGCCAUGCGGCCACCAGGACAAGCUACUCCCUACUUUUUUUUUUUUUUUAAACAUACAAGACAAAAGACUAACAGCCAAGUGAAUCAGAUUAUUUCAACAGAACGUCUGAUUCAAAAAGCUGUACAAAUAUACACACAGUUUCAACAGUCACACCAAUCUCCUUAUCACCAGCAACACAUUGCGCAGUCACUAGGCCCAAACACACACACAGGAUCCUCACAUGCUCAACAAUAUCACGACGUCGCACACACAAAAUUAAAUCAAAACCCCACCAAAGACUAUACACUUAUCAAUGUAACUAUUAUUCAAACCAUACAACUAUCCACGCUAUUAAUCCAUAUAAACUAACCGAUCACAUAACAUUUCAACAAAUUCAUCUCUACAAUUAUCUGUACUAUAAAUCAACUUUUGACUAACCAACUAUAUCACAUUCUAGUAACCUCAUCUUUACAGUCAGUGGUUAUGGUACAGUUAGUAAGUGGUUAUAAUACAGUUUUAAAGUCACAGAUCAGUUAGUAACAGUUAUGGUAUUAUACAUAUAACAUAAAACAGCAAUUGUUAGUAAUUUUUACACAAUGUCAGUGGUUAUGGUACAUGUCAGUAGUUAUGGUACCGUGCGCUAUUUUACAGUUAUACACACAAUUUACACUCCCACUAGACAGCAGAGCUCUAACUUUCUAGUAGGACAUACAAGUUAACCAAUUCACCAACUACAAUAUAUUUAACAACAUUUACAAUAAUCCCAACUAAACUAUUGGCCAGUACCUUGAAUAGACUACCUAAAACUAUAUACACCCGUUUUGGUUAGCCACACUGCCCAAGCACCACAUAUAGCGAACUAGAGGGCGGAAAUUGCCCUUCUAGUCUAUUUACUCUAUCAAAAGUCUAGUGGGUUCCAAAUUUACACGCCUUCCCACUUAGCCAAGAUAGGUUGAGAGCUAGCGAACCGAAUUUACACAGGCGCCGCUUAGUCUCCCGGUCCCUCCGACCUAGCGAACGUAAUAUACACCCUAGAACGCUAGUCUAGACAAGACACCGGUGUCCGGCUAGGGCUAUUUACACAGGACCCCGCCUGACUAACCAGAUCAAAACGGUCUUACUAAAGAGCGUUCGAUCGAGCGGUGCGCCUUCGCUCCUUCCCUCCGACAGAGGGGGCAGAUUCCAUACACAGAUUUAAACCCCUUUUGGGCCUACCGCACAAUCGGUAUACCCCUAGUGGGUCUGCCGUCUAAAACAGCAGUUGUCUUACCUCCUCGUUCCUGAACCUGAGUUCACACUCAUCGACGGGGACACCCCAGCACUUCUUACGUAGAGGCCGAUGAUCUCCUGGACAACAGACCAGUGGCGCCGAGACGAAGGGAGGUCCACGCAGAAGUUCAGGGGUGCAGCCGUAGAGAACGUGGGCAAAGAUAGACCGUCUCACGCCUCUGCCUCUCAGCUACCGUUGAACGAUGAGCUUCCCGGCCAAUGCACCAAAUGAUACCGGAGAAACUGACGGAAGCAAAGCACAGAGGGAUGGACACAGGUUUCUUCAGGAAGGAAGAGAUUCUUUAUUGGAUCACCGAUCGGGACUCAGAGGGACUAAUGUCACCAAAAAUACAGCAAGUUCUGAGCCCUGAACAAUAGUGCAGGCUCCCUAUAUAGGCACAUAACUCCUCCCAUUAAUAGCUACACCCACAUAUACCUUUAACCAAUCAAUGAGCAGAAUAUAGACUUGUACAUCUAGUCAAACCACAUGGCCCAUCCAAGACAAAGGAAAUAAGUGCAAUUUCAGUUCCUGCAUUCCUGCACAUGCUCAGUACACUGAUGACAGUAUCCUAGCUACAUGUAGCUAACCAACUGACACAACAUACACAUAUGCCACAUGGAGAUUUUGGCCUACUAAAUUUUAACCAUGCUGGAAUCCCAUCACAUUACCACCUUAAAGAUAGUAAAAUAUUACCAUUAUUCCAAGCUGCUAGUGCUGGCUCUGCCUCUGAUUUGGGAACUAGCAAGGUACAACAGGCAGAAGUUCAUUGAUUAAAGCACCACCUAGUCAUAUUUUGCUGUAAAUUGUCCCUACUUUGUUUUAACUUUGUCUUUUGCAUCUUGCAUUUUAUAUAUAAUUUCCAUUAUCUUGUAGAAUCUAUACUGAAAUAAUACCAAGUUGUUCUGGAGUCAAAAAUAGGCAGUCUGGUUUUAGAUAGUUGUAUGUAGUAAAAUAAUAUGAAUGUGUGUGUAUAGCAAACUCAAAUUCAUGAUUACGCAUUAAUAAUGAAAACAAAGAGUUAGAGAUGACAGUUAUCUAUUUUUAUUAAUAUUAACUUACUGAAUUUUUUUAUAUACAUGUCAAAAGCUCAGUCUUUCUUCACAGUUACUUAAAAUGUUCCCAGUCAUACGGGGGCUUUGUGAGUGUAUAAAGAAAAGUACAAAGUUUCUAUGGCAACUCGGUAAAAAAAGCUUGUUCUUCAAUAAAACUCCCCCUCUUGCAUUGUGGCAAUGCGAAUAAUCAUAUCUGGCGUCUCUAUUCAAUUAAUGGUGUGCAUACCAGGAUUCAAAAUGUCAAACUCUGACCUAAUAGCAGUCUUGUGCUUUGGGCAAUGUUUUACCGGGAGUCCUUGGGUCCUGGCAUUCAUGUGGGUGUUGUUGACACUAACCACUAGGGAUGCACCGAAAUGAAAAUUCUGGGACGAAACCGAAAAUUACCUUUUUUUUUUUUUCCCCUCAAAUGAUUUUAAAAUCGUUUUUCUGGGGGGGCGGGGCCUGACAGCCAAGAUGGACAGACGUAUUCUGCACUAGCUCCAGCACAAUUGAGCAACAAAUAAGCCUUUUAUGCUCCAUACCACGCUGGAUUCAGCUCUAAUCAACUUGUACACUGUCUGUAAACGAGUAGGCAAUUGUGGCUCAUCAAGCUGACCAGAGACAGCAAUUCCACACGUUGCCUGACAAAGAGGCCUAGCUUAAAUUGCUGCCAAGCGCCUGGGAGAGACGGCCCCUCUCCCGGCACGAAGCAAGCCCCCAACGAAGUAUGCUCUGGAGCCCCGCCUCCCCACUUUUGGACCGGUGGGGGUUAUCCCGGUCCGCCCUGGAGACUUCAAACUACCCACUACAAGGGAACUCCAGGCUAGCCAGUGAACCGCAUGGCACUCCCAAAAUGGCUGCCGCAGCACAACACAAACAACGAGAGCACAAGCUCACCCACAAGCUUUUUUUUACAAAAAAACAAAACAAAAAAACAAGCUCACCCAGUGCAGGAGACAGAGCUUUGAGGCCCAUUUCAAAAAGAUCUGGUGGGAAUUCUAGGCUAAAAUACCAAGCAGACCUCCAGCCUCUACUACUCGUAAUAAACCUGCUGCCCGAGCUGCUGAGCCAAGACUCUGACCAAGCUCUGCAGUAGGGAGUCACGGAAGAAAAUCCCCACCUAACUGCCCGCGUUACUGACGGACCUCCCGCAGGGUCACUUGAUGGUGUGCUCGUGACCCUGUGGAGAUCAGACGGAGGAUCCGCAGACCUGCUGCCAUACACCCUCGCAAGAGGCCUGUUUGAGGUCCACACAGCAUGAAGGCAAGCAGUGGCGUUAUACACAGCCUGAAACUGGACUGUAAAGUGUGGCAGCACUUUCCUGUGGCCUCUCUGAGCUUCCCAAUAACGGGAGUCGGCUGACUGUACCAUCAGGCAUAUUGCUGCAGAUCUGAUUCAUCCCUGAUUGAAACGGAUGUAUCCUAACUCACUAACCCCCUUAUGUUUCAUAGUCAUCUAAUUUCUUAUCUUUUAAUUUUGCUUUAAUAGCCCAUUCAGUUCCAGUGGCCUUAUUACUGUACUGUCUUACUAUCAUGUUUUAUAAUGCAUUCUAUUCUUGCCUACCAAGUGCUGGUAUUAACAGGGCCGCCACCAGAAAUUUUGGGGCCCCUAACUCCGCUCAGGGUCUGGGCCCCCCCGAGGGCCCGCCUCCAAAUCCCGCCCACAGGAAUACACACACAGACACAAUAACACACACUGAUACAAAAGGACACAGAUACAUAUACACAGAUACAUACUAACAGACACACAUACUGAAACAUACACACAUAUAGACAUAUAUACUGAGACAUACACACAUAUACAGACACACAGGCAUGCAUAGUGACAGACAGACACAUACUAACAUACAUACAGGCACACAUGCAUAAGGACAUACAGACACCAACAUACAUACACACAUACAGACAUGCAUACAGACACUGACAUCCAUUCACAUUCAUAAUGACAUACUGACAUACAUUGACACUGGCAUACAUACAUACAGACAGACAUGCGUACUGACAUACAUGCAUACAGACACUGUCAUCCAUACACACACGUACAUUAAUGACAUACAUUCAUACUGACAUACAUAUAUACAUACAGACAUACAUACAUACAUACAUCCACAUACAUACAUAAUGACAUACAGACAUACAUACAUUCAUACAUACUGACACAUUCAUACAGACAUGCAGAUAUACAUAUAUACAUACAUAUAGACAGACAGAGAGACACACACACACACAGCUCAUUUUUCAGCCACCCUCCUGUUUCUUACCUUGUCUUUGCAGGAGGGUGUCUGGGGCUGCUGGGAGUCGGCGUGGCUCUCUCUCUUUAAGCCCACCCUGUUUCACCUCCCGCGUGGAAUGAGCUGGGAGGAAGUGAUCACUUCCUCCCAGCAGCACUUGAGUUGCGGCUGCAUUUUUUUAUUAAUUUUUUUUUAAAGGGCCCGGUCGCGCUAUUACACGGCCACAGCGCUGACCGGGCCCCUGAAGAUAUAGGGCCCAUCAGCAGUUCCACCGCUACACGUGGCCUCCGGGCCUGUGACAACCAUCAUGGUUGUUAACCCCUUGAUAGCGGCCCUGGGUAUUACUUUCAACUCGUGCUCUAAGCAGUGGUCAGCCGAUAUUCUUGUUAAUAUUCUUGUUAAUCAAACAUGUUUAUGACCUACAUCUAAAUGUGUAUUCCUGAAGGAGAAAAAAAAAGUGCUCGUUCCUCUCAUGUCAUAUAUUAUACUGGCAACUCCUUUUAUUUUCUGUAACCUUGACGACAUGUUAUUUUCUGCUUACCUGUUACCCUAAACACUACAAAGAUAAAGGUCGACAAAAAAACAGCUAAUCUUAUUUCUGCAGUGCCGCAAAACAGCCAGAUCAGCCCAUGUGAGAUCCUUCCCUUGGAAGCAUAGGUCCCAGAUCAUACCAACCAAUCUAGCAGGCAUUCCUCCCGCUGCUGUCAAUAUCUGUUUGGCUCAUGAUGGGCAUGCUAACGUUACCACCAUCUUAAAAUAUGUUAUUUGCCUGUGUUUUAAACCUAAGUACCCAGCGGCUACCAAGAAUUAAUCCUAGUUUAGCAUGAUAUAUAAAUCUCUCUUCUUUGACAAUGUUAAUAUCGGCAUAUACAUGAUGUCUCAAUCACGCUUAUUGCCUUACCAUUACCUGACAUAACUUUUAUUAACCUGUUUGCUACUUUGCAGUUCUCUUAUAUGCCACAGUAUUAUGCCUUUUUUAUAUAUCUAUAUCUGCUGUUGUGGCAAAACAAGCAUGUCUGUUAAACUUUUGCACAACAAAAGUAAAGAAUAUAUAAAAAAAAAAAGUUUCUAUAAUUUUAUAAUAUUAAACUUUUAAUGAAUUUAAUGAAUCUAAUAUGAAAAACUAAAAGCCAAUAAAAUAACCACACUUUUAUUGAAAGUAACACCAAAAUUGGACAUAAAAUAACUUGUAUCUAAUGUAAUCUAGCCCUAUGUCAAGUAAUGAACUCAAACAGCAGCUCUAAGCUAGCAUUAUUCAAGUACAAAAAUUCUAUACAAAUUAUAACAAGCAAUAUAAACUCUGAAUAUAAAAGCAGUGCUUUAGAAGGAAAAUACAUGAAAACCAUUAAGCUCACAUAGGUUGGUAUGCAAUUAGAAUACCAAGUACUGAGCGGGUUACUGAAUGUAUCCCUAUACAAAAAGGGUGGCUCUGCACACGUGCAAGCAGUGCACUGUCCACAAGGUAAAGAAAAAUAAACAAUUAUAUUCUGCAUAUUAAUGAAUAACCACCAAUAUGUUCAUUGCUGUACACGGCCAUAUAAUGAAUGAAAAGGGAAACAAAUGUGUAUAUUAAAUACACUCAAAUAUACAAAAUGUUUUUGAUCACAGUACACUCCAGCUACACUGAUCAUUUUUUUUAAGUUAGGAUUGCAUGGGAACACAAAACAUAUAAUGUUUACUAUUGUAAUGCAAUCACUCUGUUCAUAGAACUCUAAAUCAACAGUACUGUAUACAAAUUGAGAUGGACUAUGCUGGAUAUACAGGAAGCAGUGCUGUACACGGCUCUGGGUAUUCUGUAAGCACGCAAACCUUUACAUGUACUUGGUUGAUCUAUACAGCACUGGAUUUACUACAGGCAAAACGACAUGAACACUAAUGUAAUUCUAUGUAUAGUAGCCAACACAAAAUGCAUUGGGAAUACUGUAUUUCAUAUUUGGAAAUCCCCAUGUUGACACAGCACUGGUUAUAUCAAAAGCUUUAAAAAGCCUUUUUUAAUUGGCGGCUCACAUGCUGUGAAUUGGGAUUAUGCAGGCAUGUAACACUCACUAUACACAGCACAGGACUCUUUGUAGACGUCCAUGGACACAGCACUGUGUAUAUACAGCAUGUGAAUCUUUGUACUGGAUUAUCAUGAGCACAGCACAGAGUAUACAGCAAUACUAUAAUAACCCUUAGUGCACAGCACUGGAUAUACUCCUCCCCCCUCCCCAUCCCCACCUAAGUGCCCAUGCUGUUUUGCUUGUCUCUCUUUCUCCUACUGGUUCCCCAGCCCUUGGAGGUCUCCGGUUGCCCCCCAUCCAACCCCACCAUGGCGCUUGGCCCUGAGGAUGGCCCUCUCUUUCUUCUGUCCAGCGAGGCCAUGAUCCCAGACGAAGAUGAUGAUGAGAGGAGGGUAGGGGCUCUCGUCCCCCUCCGCUCUCUAUCUUCUUCACGGUCAGCAUGGAGGGAUGUUUGAGCGGGACACGGCCAGGGGAAGCGGUGAAUCCUGUGUGUGUGAAAAGCAAGCUGUCAAUUUUUGACAGAUUUGCCGAAAUUGAUUUGCAAAUUUCGGUGCAUCCUUACUAACCACCUAUCUAGAUAUUUCUGCAGGGCAUGUACACCCCUUAAUGGCACUGGUGUUCCUUGCUGGCAGUGGCCUCUUUCAGCAGGAUAAUGCUGCCACACUUAAGUUGUUCAUUAAUUGUUUGAGGAACAUGAGGUGUUGCCAUGACCUCCAAAUUCCUCAGAUCUCAAUCUGAUUGAUCAUCUGUGGAAUGUGGUAGAACCUCAAAAUCUGCAGGACUUAAAGCAUACAUGGUAUCUGGUUUUAUAUUCAUAUAUCUGUUAUAUGAGUGAAAAGAUAACUCAACGUACAGACUGAAAAGAAUAUUAAGACACACACCAACAAAAAAGCACAUAUAUCCACAGAUAUAUAUAAAUAGAGCACAUACACAAGUAGAAGUUGGCUUUUUCACAUCCUCCCCCAACCUUCCACUGAAAUUGUUCUGGACGAAGUUGGUCUUCACUCACUUCCCCCUUCUUUUUGCAUCUGACAGCCCAUGAGCUUUUCGACCUGGAAUUUCACUCCCAGCUCUCCAUUUCCAGUGCAGGUAGACAUUCUGGACAUAUUGCAGCCUCUGUGCACAUGACCUUGUUUGUCUACUCCAUUUGUGAGAUUUUUUUUGAAUUUAUUUUUUUAUAGAAAUUAUACAUAAACUUUGAUUUCAGUUUUGUGCUGCUUGUUAAUAUUUAUUUUUUCUUUGUUUUUUUAUGUUUUUUUUCUCUAGGUGAAAUGCUGUAAAGACCUCUUUCACUCUCUGAAUGGGCAGCAUUUUCUUGCCAUGUGGACCUUUAGUUGAACGGUUUCUGUAUUGCUUGCCUACAUUAGCAGAUCAUAUAAAGCCAUGAAAGCAAUGGUGAUAUGACUAAACUUGCUUUGAUCUCCCAGUGUUAAUAGCUGUACCUGGCAUAGAGGUGUUUUUUUUUUUUUAUUUUUUUUUUUUUAAAUCCUCACAGGCCAUGGACCACACAAUGAUGGAUAGUCCUGUGACCUUGGUAAUUAAAGCUCCAAAUCAAAAAUAUGAUGAUCAGACAAUUAAUUGUUUCUUGGACUGGACGGUAGAGAAAUUGAAAUCUCACCUCUCUAAAGUAUAUCCCAGCAAACCGGUAAGUACAGUAAAAAGAAUAGCUAAUUAUAGAAAUAAUGUUCAACUCAGUGGCUGCAAUCCUUAAUCAUUUCUGAUUUUUACAUAUAUUUUAUACAUGUGAUGGGCUACAACAAAUAAAUAUAUAGACAACAGAUAUGACAACCCAAAGCAGGCAAAAUUAAUGUGUUUCUGUGGCACUGUUGGGGAAACUUGCAUUACCUGCUUUUUUUUUUUUACUGCAGAUUGAGAAAGUCUGACUAAGCUCAGUUUAUCUAGUUUUUAACGUUUAGUCUGCUGACCCUUUUUUUUAAUGCCUAUGUCAGGUGAUUUAUGUAAAUGUAUAUGCUGGACAUGUCACACUUGAACAUUCAUGCAUUGACUUUAUCAAUAUAUCCAAAUAAUUUUUUUAUUUUUUAUUUUUUUUAGAUGACAAAGGAUCAAAGGCUUGUAUACUCUGGUAAACUUCUUCUUGAUCACUUGCGUUUGAAAGAUGUUCUCAGGAAAGUAAGUUUUUUAAAAUGUAUUUGUUUGCAUGAAACAUUGUUUUUCUUCACUGGCCUGUAUUAAGUUCUAAGCAGUCGUUUUGACUCUCAACCAGAUGUAGCUUGCAAUAUAGUUGCACCAUAUAAGAACGCAUACACCAACAAUUAUUAACCACAAAUAUAGUAUGUGUCAACAGUAGCUGGGGUGCACAUCUGGUUACAUCCUCUUCUUGUGUGAAUUUACACCUUAUUGAUGUUCAAUUCCGACCAAGCAGCAAUUUCAUAACAAUCCUUUAUUAUUCUGGACUAUACAUCCUUUGCCCACUGCAGCAGCAGUUUUAUUUUUUUCCAGAAAUACAUGGUGUAAUGACUUUAUAAGCACAAACAUUUUACUUAUAUAUACUUUUGGUUAAACAUUCUGUGUACAGUACGGCAGUUGAAGACAAAUCCAAUAUAUAUAUAUAUAUAUAUAUAUAUUUUAUUUAGCUGUGCAGGAAGAUACAGAAAUGCUUGCAGUGCCACAACAGCAAAUGCAAGCUCAACUACAACAUAUAUGUUGAAUUACAAGCAUGGCAAUAAAAUAGUCCGCACAAUUUUUUGGGGAUAAUAGGUAGGAAAACCGUCUUUGCCUAGCUGAUUGCAAACAAUAGAUGUUGCCAGUCUAAUAUACAUUAUACAUUCGUAGGCAUGGAGAUUAAUUGGCCCCCGUUUGCAUGUUAAUGGUAUCUUAGUGGGGUCAACUGCUACGGAGUAAGCUGGUGAUAAUACAGGAGGAGACAUUUGUCAGUACCUGUGUGACAGGGGGCUAGUGUGAAGAGGUUGUCAAGCGUUAUAUGUUGAGAAGAGACAAAGCAGGAAACAUAUAUAACAGAAACUGCAUAUGAAAUUCGCCGUCCAGCUACUUAGGUAUCGUCGUCCGCCCAUCAGGCCCAGCCAAGCUUACAUGCAUGUCUAAGUGGAAAUGUAAUAUCUCCCAGGGGGACCCCAGUUAACUAGGUGCUAGUGUCACACAAAAAAAUGAAAAAAAUAUACAUAAACAUGAAUAUAGACCGUUAUUUGCAUUCCCCACAACUUGCAGUGUUUACGGGUUUCAUGGGGUACUAACUGUGCCCUUGGUAGCUUUGUUUCAGUCCCAACCCGAGCCUAGCCAAUACCCCUCUGGGGUAACACCAAAUGCAGUUGCGUGAGUCCCAGUGUCGGGCCCAUCCGCCCACUGUAGUGGAGACCUGCGUUGGGAUUCCCAAAAGAUGAUGCGUCCAUCGGUGUCUCUUGGGUUCUUCCUGGCUUUGUCAGGGUCCGAUACAAUGAGGGAUGUCGACCUCUCAGCGGUUGCACACCCGGUCUCGGCGUGAAGCAUGGUCGAGGGAGGACCCGUUGUAGUUUUUGAAAUGGCACAGCUGGUUCGAUUGUGCGUUUUUGCAUGCAGGCGGGAUAGGCAGCCUUCGGCACCAUCUCUGAGCUCCCUUCGGAUGGGUAUCUGCUCAUCUGUGGCAGAGGCGUGCGGGCUUCUCUUUAUGUGAGUUUGUGGUGAACAGAACCUCGCCACAGGCUUUUGGUGGAGCCUGCUUGCCAGCCUCCUGCUCCAGGACUAUGGCCACCUGCAAUAGACCUGGCUAAAAUACUUUAAAAGGGCUUUGUUUGUGCAAUUGGGAUUAUAUGGUUCGGUUCCCGAACAGCCGCACGAACCAGAGACCACCCAGGAGCUUGUUAAACCCUAUUAACACUUAGUAAUGAUUCUAAUCGCAAUGUUCUAAUUGUCUGUUUGGGUGGCCGCUGUUCACAUGAACGACCACGAGGUGGCAGCCAUCUUGUUCGCAUGAACGUAGGCAGCGGUGUUUGGUUGUCGAGUUCAUGGAACUAAAAUCGGACACAGAAACUCCCGAACACUGCUGGACUUCCAUCAUUGCCUGCGUUCGGUUCUAUACAAUUUAGAAGGGCACUGUUCGGUGGAAUCGUUCAUCUGGAUGAGGAGAACAAGCUCCAGGGUAAGAACAUAUCUACCGAACUAGACCGACCGCAAGCCCUGAUUCUCUGGAACUGUUUUGGGUAUGGGAUCAUGCAUGUGGUUGGUCAAAUUAUGACUUCCAGGAAAUUCCUGAACUGAUCUGGGUGAUUUUUGGAUAUGUUGGUCACCCAGAUCGGGGUUAUCAGAGGAUGUAACUUUUGUGGGGGUUUUGUGUGUUUAAAGGUAUUUUGGGGUUUUUGUAAAUAUUACGUUUUCUGUACGUAGAGAUAAUUGAGUUUAAUACAGUGGUUGACUCAAUUAUCUCCAAGGCACAGAGGAGAGAUUAUCUUGUUUUAUGUGGGAGUGUCCUGGACCUGAGAGCCAAUGUAAUCGUGUGUAUGUUUUUACUGUAGUCUACUCUCAGGUCCAGGGGGGAGUGCACCUUGCAUAGGGACCUGCAUAUAAGACCAGUUGUGGCUACCAAUAAAGGAAUUCCUGCUUACCCUCAACAUAGUCUCAUCUCAUGUGUGAGGGUGAACGGCUGUAUUGCUCUGGGGAUUGCUAUAUCACUAUACUCCCCUGGGAUUAUAAUCACUUGCUUUAAGAGCAUAUUGCUACACUCUCUUGGAGGAGGGGUCUACCCACUGGAAGCUGGAUCCUGGUCUUGGGUCCAGGGUGGGUGGAGGACCGCAAAACCCCAACCUAGCUGUAAUGCUGGAAGUGGGGGCUACAGUGCUGAUGGUGUCUGGUGCGGUGCUUGUGGUACUGGUUAAAGCACUAGGAAGCAGCGAUUGGCGGAGGCACCCAGUCAGGGUACCAGGCUGUCCGCCACAGAGUAAACAUGUGCUAUAGUCUGCUGUUCUCUGCCUACCAGUUUUGCCUAGAAGGCAUCAAAUAUGGCAUUAAGCCUGGUCUCAGGGUCUCAGACCUCUCUUCGCAGUGGUUGGAGUCGCACGUGGCAUCCGCCAUUGUGCAGGCCUCUGCUUGUGGAAGCUGCUCAUGUGGCUUCGCUGCCUGUGACCUUUGUAGCCGGGCUGCCUCGAGAGUGGACCGGGAUCACCCCCACCGGUACUAAGACGGGGCGGAGCAGGCAAUCUGUGGCUCUGUGCCCCCGGCGUAGGGACGUCGAGAGCGGCCGCCUCUCCCCAGCUUCAUCCACUGCAGGCCGCAGCGUGCCACCUCGGGUUCAUGAUCGCAGAAAACACUUGUAUCUGGUAUCAGGCGAUUCACCAGGGUGCCCCCAAAUUGGGUAGUCUACCCCGGCAUAGUUUCAAGCUUUGUGUCGGUAAGUAUUUCUAUUCAAUCAGCAUGUGUAGUGGGAGCCCCUCCAACAUGUGACUGCUCAACUUGCGGUUCAAGCUCCGCCCCCUGACAAACCCAUUAUAUAAUUUAAAUGAUGCCUACUACUAUACCCCACUCAAUUUGCUAAAAUAUUUUGCCUUGCCUAUUCAUAUGUCAUAGUUUUAUUAUUAUAAAGGGACAUUUUAAGUACCAUAAGCAAAACAGCCCUUCCCUUCUCAACCCCAUUGAUAAUAUGGAAUUUAAAUUUCUGCACUAUCAAUAACAAUUCCUUCCAGGCUGGAUGACACUGAUAUGUCUGCAACUAACAAUUGUUUUCAUAAUCAAUUAAUUGCUUAAUUUAUUUUUAUCUGAUAAAAAAAAAAAAAAAUUCAAUACCAGGCGCAUCUCUCUUAUGCUCCUCUUAAACUGGUGGUUCAAGUACUUUACCCUUUUGGAGUGGCUUUGAAGUUCCAUUCCAGGGAAUAUGAUGGGGAGACGCUCUAGCAAAUCCCAACCUGCUGCAGGUGGGAACUCCCGAGAUACUGGCCUCCUCCUGUCACAGCCUCUUAGGGCAAAAAUUGUGUAUCCAAAUGUGAAUCACAACAAGGAUUCACAUUACCUCAGAGGAGAGCUUGAAUCAGCCAGAUAUACCGACUACCUUACAAAACAGCACAACACUAACCUAACCGCACAAAAGGGACAUCUCAAAUUUAAUGGUGGACAUUAAGAACUUUUUCACAACAGAACUGACUGUCCUGAAGGAAGAUGUCCGCACUCUUACUGGUUGGAGAGGCCAAAGAGGAAGACAUCCAUGGAGUUUGCAUUAAGCCAGAAGCUAACUAAAACUUGCUGUCUUCUUACUUCUAAGGUAGAAAAAAAUCGAAGAUGGAGUAAGGCAAAGUAACCUCAAACCCUAGGGGGGUUGGAUAGGGAACGGAGAGAUUAAAAGGUAUUAUGGGAGGGAACAAUUAGGUAGAACGAACUAUAUACAGGUUAGCAAUUAAAAAAAGUAGAAGGAGCAGGAAGUGAGAGUAGAAGAAAAUAAAAGGAGAAAGGGUAGGAGGACCAGCAAAAAAAGCAUCUCAUACACCUGCACCUUGUGAUUGACACAGAUAGUGAGAGGUGAUAUGGCAUCCCAAACAUCCAACAAUCACGGGCUUCCUAUGUGGACCCAGGAUCCGUCCCCAUGCAGCUAUGUAAGGAAAUUGAAUUUGUGUGUAGUGUUAUGAGUGCUAUAUAUAAGGUGUAUCUAUUCGCCUUUUUUUAUUUUUUUUUAUUUAAAGGUUAAGAGGGCAGGACCUGCUUGUUUAACUAUCGGGAGAGAGACCAGGUUGUGUAAUUGAAGGUAUCUAAAGCCAAGCCAAUCUCAGCGCUCCAUCAGUGCAGUCCAAGGCACAGUGGGCACUCAGAGUCCUACGCAGUCGGCUGGACACCCACACCAAGAAUCCGCAGACCUCUGUCUCCUGCGCCACUUCAGCUACUGCUGAAUGUAUGUCGCCUCAUGUCUCACCCAACUCUGGCCACAUGCUUGGUGCAGGCGCAGUCCACCUCCGCCACCGGUACACUGGAGUGUACACCAGUCCCACAUGGCUCUCAGGGUCAGGGACAGGUCUCCCCUCAAACCCAGAUAGUAAGGCCUCCACAGCUCCAGAGGUCAAGUGUCUUGUGGACCCCAUGGCAGGACAGUACCCCUUGAGGGCUUCAAUACAGCACGCCGCAGGUAAGUAUCAGCAUGCACUCUGGGCAAAUGGGUGAAUCUGUGUGCAGCACUCAAAGAGGGACAGGGAGGGAAUCUCAUCACGUGAUGCUGACAUCCCAUGCGAAUUCCCAGGUCACUUUCAAAUCACCAUGUUGAAUGCUGGGAUGGCCCCCCACCCACCGGGGGUGAGGGCAGAAACGAGCCCCCACAUACACUCCUCCAGCCUAAGCAGCCCCUCGGAGCGAUUCCGUUUGUCCGGUGCACCUAGCGUAGGUGUUCCCCCUUCCAAAUAUGUUGAUUGUGAUGGCAUAGAUAUACUCAAUAACUGUAGUCCUUUUCUGGGGCUCCAGCUCAGAGCCACAGACGAUGGCCGCCGUUCUGGUCGGCAGGCCCGGCCCCACCAUAUUUGAAAUCUGUUUUCUUUUCCUUCUUGCUUUCUUUUUUUUUUUCUCCUUUUUCCCCCCUUGUUCAGUAAGUUAGUAAGUGGGAGACCUCUCACAGGAUAAGGAUCAAGGCAGUAGGUAAUAUUAACUACAAACAUUUGCACCCAUAUGUUUGUGAAAUUCCAAUGAACCACGGACAUAAUAAAGGAUCACAUACUUUUAGUUCUCACACACAUCUGUGUUACAAUAGCUAAUUUUUGUAAUGAACUGAAUUACACUAUCGUUUGUUAAUUUUGUUAUUACAGCAAGAUGAGUAUCACAUGGUUCAUCUAGUGUGUGCUUCCCGGACCCCUCCUAGCUCUCCUAAAAUCUGCUCCAGUAGGGAUAAUGGAGCCACAAGCACCCACAGAAGAAUCGAAAGUGAACACUUUUCUGUAAGUAAUGCAUUAUGGGGCUUUUGCAAUACUGGAAUAAGUUAUUUUAACUCAGAAUGCUGAUGGUUUGCAUGGCAAGCCCUCACUUAAAAACGCAUUAAAUCAGAAAUAUUUUAUGUGUUAUUAUUUUGGCAUUCAUAUAGCGCUAACUUAUUCCACAGUGCAAACAAUUGUUUAACAAUAAAUAAGACAAUUACAAAAUGUUACAGCAACAAUAGGUUGAUGAGGACCCUGCUCAAGCAAGCAUCCAAUGUUAAACCUCAUCUAAAAGAAGAGACGGGGGCUUUUUACCAGCGUUGCUGUUUGCUAAUCUAUUGGAGUGCAUAACUCUGCAACAAACGCUAUACCCUCAAAAUAAAAUAAAUGCACUGGGAACUUUUAAUUAUUUAUUUUUCCCAGCCGUGAAGGGGUAACAGAGUUUACUACUACUACUUGGUAAAUUACGAAAAAAUUUCAUGCGCAUUUAAUUAAUUCACCACUGUAGUUUUGUGAUUGCUUUUCUGCAGUACCAGAUUUUUUUUUAUUACUUAUUUUAUGUUUGAUAUUAUGCUUUAUAUAUCCCUUUUCUGCUCCUUAAAUAACCCUAUCUAUAAAUCUUUCAAUGUGACUGUUUUCCACUUACUUUGAUGUUCCAGCUGGUCCAAGAAAAUCCCUUUUCUGUUCUCUAGUACUGUGUUGAUGUUGUUGUUAUUAUUAGUUAUAAAUUGCCAGCGUUUCUUGGAGAGCAAAAUCUAUUGAAUAUCCAAAUAAGUUUUUAAAUGGAAAAAUAUUUUGAGAGAUCUGUUUAUUGCAUCAGCUGUUAGGACUUUUUUUUUCUUUCUAGUUUUUGUUGAUAUUCUUAAUUAAUGAAACCUCAUUUGUGUAUUCCAGAGAUCAGAACAAUCAGGACCAGCCUCCACUGUGUCACCAGCUCAAGACAUGCCAUCAACAUCCUCUAUCUCAAGGCCUGAAGAAAACCUAAGAAAUCGACAUGCUUCUCAAAUGUACACUAACCCUAUACAUAACCAACCUUUUUCUUAUUUUAGACAACAGUAAGUUGAACUACAGGAGUAAAACUAAUGCUUAUGUCUGGUAUCUAUAUCUAGCCAUAUACCUUCAAUAUCCAGCCUUUUCUCUAUUGAGUAUAUAUGCAGACACGCAUACGUUUUCCAGAUUUCUGUUGCAUUUAGAGCCAUUGAUCGUUGUUUUGUUUUGUGUUUUUCUGUUUUUUUUCCUGACCAUACUACUUUUCAAUGGGAGCUCAAAUCGCAACAAUACCCUUUAUUUCCUUUCACUAGCACAUUAUGACAUCACUUGAAAAAAGUCCCUGUAGGGGACCUGCUGGUGUGACAGGGAAGAUGUAAUACAGUUAACUUCAACCUAUAUCUGCAAAACAAUAUGCUGUGUAUAAUUUUAUGCAAUACCUGCCCAGCUCUCAAUUUAAAUGUCUGCAGAAUUACAGAUUUCUCCAGGAUCCUCAAUUUCCACAUUGACUUUGUUCACCAGCUUGCCAGCUCUGCAAUGAUAUCACUAAUAUAACACCCCUGGUUUCUUUCUUUUCCGAAGUUAUGGCCCUUCUUUGGAACACUCACAAAGCAGGGCAAUACUCCCUCAUAACUCCAACAUGCUUCAUGUCUUUAUUGCCAGUGCCAAGAGUUCAGGUGAACAAAGACCUUUACAGCCUCUCUGUUUUCUAUUCUACCCUGGCCUGCUCAAUAUUGUAUUCCAAAUACACAUGCAUCUGUAUUGCAAUGUGAAUGAAACUUUCAAACAUCACUUUUGGCAACAAGCUGUCUUUACAUUUGGUUUUGUUUGUUGCUUCUUUCAGUAUGUGGAUGACCAGCUGUAUAGAACUUUGUAAUAAGUGAUGGCUAAUGUAAUUAAAAAUCGAAUUGACAGCUAGUUUGUUAAAUUUAGCUGAAUAGCACACAUCAGCUUAGAAGAUAACCUGAUGUCUUAUUUUUUUCUGUGUGUGUUUUUAGCCCUGUAGGUAAUCCAGUUCCUGGGCAAGGAGGCCCUGCUGUGUUUCCAGUCUAUUCAGCCAUCAGCCCUUUACAAGUGAUGUGGUGGCAGCAGAUGUACGCCCGACAGUACUACAUGCAGUAGUAAGUAUGAAUUGUUUUAUUAGCAUAAACGCUUAUAUUGAUUUUUCUUUUACAUGUAUAAUGACAUACUGUGAACUGUUGCAACUCAGAACACUCCAACAAGCUUAUGAAGUUUGUAUUAUUUAGGUAAGCAUACUAUGGAGUAGCACUUAAAAGAACAGAUAAUUAACUAUAGAAAGAGGUCAGUCUUCAAAUGCAAGUAGUCUACACAAAUUGUGAAGACAGGGCUUACAGAAAGCUAUGAAAUAUUAAGUCCCUUUCAGGACAGCUCUAAAGUUUAGAUUUCCAUUGUUUUGUCAUUGCAGUUAUGUUUUUUUAACUAAUUAAUUAAAUAUUUAAUUUGACUAAAGCACCGAUGUAUUUGUUUUAGCCAAGCUGCAGCCAGUCAUCAGACUACACAAGAAACUCAGAGUGAACGUCCAGCCAGCCCACCUGCCAUUAAUUCUGACAGACCUCCUCCAAACCCUCCUAGAGCUGUUCCGAAUGUUGCACCUGAAGUAAACCCAAAUGUACAAAUGAAUGCUCAGGGUGGGCCAGUGAUGAAUGAAGAAGACAUUAACCGUGAUUGGCUUGACUGGCUUUACACAGUGUCUCGAGCAGCCAUCCUUCUCAGCAUAGUGUAUUUCUACUCUUCCUUCAGCCGCUUCGUAAUGGUCAUGGGUGCUAUGAUACUUGUGUAUAUGUAAGUACUGCUUAUGAUGUGUGGAAAUAGUACUAUUACUCAUGUUCACAAUGGCACAUCACAUGUGAGAAUGCUUGGAAUGACUGUAAAAUAAAAGUAUAUUUAUAUAUUCUAUGCGACAUGGACCUUUUUCUAAUGCACCAUUGUAUUAUACAGUGAAACAAAGAAACAUAGACUGUGACAGCAGUUAAGAACCAUUUGGCCCAUCUAGUCUGCCCAAUUUUCAAAAUACUUUCAUUAGUCCAUGGCCUUAUCUUAUAGUUAGGAUAGCCUUAUGCCUAUCCCACGCAUGCUUAAACUCCUUUACUGUGUUAACCUCUUCCACUUCAGCUGGAAGCUAUUCCAUGCAUCCACUACCCUCUCAGUAAAGUAAUAGUUCCUGAUAUUAUUUUUAAAUCUUUGCUCUUCUAAUUUAAGACUUUGUCCUCUUGUUGUGGUAGUUUUUCUUCUUUUACAUAUAGUCUCCUCCUUUACUGUGUUGAUUCCCUUUAUGUAUUUAAAUGUUUCUAUCAUAUCCCCCCUGUCUCGUCUUUCCACCAAGCUAUACAUGUUAAGUUCCUUUAACCUUUGUAAGUUUCAUCCUGCAAUCCAUGAACCAGUUUAGUUGCACUUCUCUGAACACCAUCGAAGGUAUCAAUAUCCUUCUGGAGAUACGGUCUCCAGUACUGCGUACAAUACUCCAAGUGAGGUCUCACCAGUGUUCUGUACAAUGGCAUGAACACUUCCCUCUUUCUACUGCGAAUACCUCUCCCUAUACCACCAAGCAUUCUGCUAGCAUAUCCUGCUGCUCUAUUACAUUGUCUGCCUACCUUGAAAUCAUCAGAAAUAAUCACCCCUAAAUCCCUUUCCUCAGAUGUUGAGGUUAGGACUCUAUCAAAUAUUCUGUACUCUGCCCUUGGGUUUUUACGUCCAAGAUGCAUUAUCUUGCACUUAUCCACAUUAAAUGUCAGUUGCCACAACUCUGACCAUUUUUCUAGUUUACCUAAAUCAUUUGCCAUUUGGCUUAUCCCUCCUGGAACAUCAACCCUGUUACAUAUCUUAGUAUCAUCAGCAAAAAGACAUACAUUACCAUCAAGACCUUCUGCAAUAUCACUAAUAAAAAUAUUAAAGAGAAUGGAUCCAAGUACAGAUCCCUGACGUACCCUACUGGUGACAAGCCCAUGCUUCGAAUAUACUCCAUUGACUACAACCCUCUGUUGCCUGUCACUCAGCCACUGGCUUACCCAUUCAACAAUAUUGGAAUCCAAACUUAAAGAUUGCAAUUUAUUGAUAAGCCUUCUAUGUGCAACAGUAUCAAAAGCUUUACUGAAAUCUAGGUAAGCAAUGUCUACUGGACCACCCUGAUCUAUAAUUUUAGUUACCCAAUCAAAACAAUCAAUAAGAUUAGUUUGGCAUGAUCUCCCUGAAGUAAACCCAUGUUGUCUCUGAUCUUGAAAUCCAUGUGUUUUUACAUGUUCAACAAUCCUAUCCUUUAACAUGGUUUCCAUUACUUUCCCCACUACUGAAGUAAGGCUUACUGGCCUAUAGUUGCCCGACUCCUCCCUACUACCUUUCUUGUGAAUGGGCACAACAUUCGCUAACUUCCAAUCUUCUGGGACUACUCCUGUUAACAAUGAUUGGUUAAAUAAAUCUGUGAAGGCGGAGCCUAGCACCGGACCGGAGCGGUCGCACAUUGCCGGAGCUCCGAGCUACCGCACGGCAAUCCAGCCACAUCGGGGGCAUCCCGCACUAAUCCCGGCCACAUAAUCAGCCACAGCCCGCAGGGACCCUCGCUGAAACCGCCGAUGCCGUUUCUCCUGACGCCCGGCUCGAAAAAUAGACGCCGAGGCGGCAAGGCCUACCGGGCAGGGAGGCAACCUCAACCCAGCACGGGAGAACACUGGCCCUGGAGUGUCCCAGAAUUUGAGGACUGGUACCCCAGCACACACAGCUCAGGUGAGAUGGGGCGCAGAACACAGAAACUGCCCCAAAACGCCCCAAAACCGCAGCGCGACAUAGGCCAAAUGUUACAGGCCCCAAGCGCAGUAAAGGCACAGACCCCCCGUGAAACCUCCCCAGCACCAUCAGAGGAGGAAGAAUCACUAGACAGCCCACACCUCAAUCCCCAACACCCCACACACACGUGGAUGCCAGAAGCCAGCGCACCGGCCUCCAAACAAGACAUACAGGCUAUGCUGACAGGCCUGCAGCAGAACUUAAGACAAAUGUGGGAAGCGGACCUGGCAGUGCUUAAACUAGACGUGCACGCCGUGUCCACGCGCACUCAAGCGGUAGAAGAGGAGGUAAAGGGACUAAGAGGGAACUACCAGGAAUUGGGAGAGACGGUGCGACACCUUCAAGCUGCACAAGCAACAAUGUCCAGGCAAGUUACUCUCCUAGAUGAUAGGGGGCGCCGAAAGAACAUAAAAAUCCGAGGGGUACCUGAAUCGAUACCGCUGGAAGAGUUGCCACAUUUCAUCAGACGCCUUGUGGCCACACUCCUGCCAACUAGACAAUCUAAAACGUUCCAGUUCGACGGGGUUUACAGGAUAGCCAAAUCCCCACAAGCACCCAACUCAGCCCCAAGGGACAUAAUCUUGAGAUGCCAAUCAAUGUUGGACAAACUGGGGCUAAUGGCGGCUAUGCAAGGGAAAACACCUCUUGACUUUGAAGACAGCAAACUCUCCUUCUUUCAGGACUUGAGCAGGGCCACACUGAUGUGGCGCAAAAGUAUGCAACCUAUCACCAAACAACUCCAAGCCGCAGGAAUAGCCUAUAGAUGGGCAACACCAGGAACUCUCUGGGUCACUAAAGAUGACAAGCACUACAGAGCUACCGACCACGCAGAGGGCCCGGCACUGAUGACCGCAUUGGGAAUAUCGAACCUCGCAGCGACCUCUAUGACACAGCCGGCUCAACGACCAGGGACAACGAGCACAGAGUCAUCCGCAACUCCUGGAAUAAGCAGAGGACCGAAAACCAAAACCUGAACGACCUGCCUCACCGACGGCCUCAUAGGCCUUAGUUUCACUAGUUUCAAUAUUUUAAGUUGAUAAAUCGGUUCAUUUAAGUUAAAUGUAGUUCUCUCACAUUCUGACGGCUAUAACAGUGCUAAAGUGGCCCACCAGAGCCGCGCACACUAGCUCCGAUAACAAUCCCCCCCCCCUCCCUUGGGUUAAUGGGAAACGACAUCAAAGGCGACAUAGUAAUCCUGACUGGAAUCAGGCUCAUCGCGAGGUCUGAUGCCCCAAGGGCACAACUUAAUCCGGUCACACUACAGCGACCUAUGUAUAUACAUAGACACGAUUUGUAGUUACCACUAGGGCCACAAAGACACCCUGAACACCACACACAUGGGCACCCACCAAUAGCUGCGACCAGGGAAAAGCAAAAGAGGAGCGGACAUAGUCCUAGACAGGCACCAUUAGAGGGACCCCAUAACUACCGCAAUCCGCAUCCUUACCCAAACUCAAAAGGGCCAAGAGACUUACCCAACAUACAUAACUAUAGCCGCACGACCUAGAAUUGGGACCAGCCACUGGACCUAGCAGUAAAUGCCUUCCCCCCCCCACCUACGACUCCACAGACCUUAGGCUGUCUUAGGCAGACAGAAGUCUUCCACCCCUACAGUUAUUAGAUUUUAAAACCUCACUGUAACAAUGUGACCUAUUGUAAAUAUAAAAUGUGUGUGAAUAGCACACAACAACGCCUUGUAUUUGAUAUGUACUGAUUCUAAUCGAUGUGUCGAGGCUGUUGUGGCCAACUUCCUGAAUAUGUUAUCUUUCCACAUGAAAAAUAAAGAUUUAAAAAAAAAAUAAAAUAAAUCUGUGAAUGGUUUUGCUAGUACACCACUAAGCUCUUUUAAUAACUUUGGGUCUAUUCCAUCAGGUCCCAUUGACUUAUUUGUUUUUACUUUUGACAGUUGAAAUAGAACCUCUUCCUCUAUAAACUCACAUGUAACAAAUGACUUAUUUGUCCAUUUUCCUAACUGAGGCCCCUUUCCUUCAUUUUCAUCUGUAAAUACUGAACAAAAAUAUUCAUUGAGGCAGUCAGCUAGACCUUUAUCCUCUUCUACAUACCUUCCUUCUUUUGUUUUGAAUCUAACUAACCCUAGUUUUACUUUCCUUUUCUCAUUUAUAUAUCUAAAAAAUGUUUUGUCGCCUUCAUCCCCCCCCUUUUUUUUUUACUGACUGUGCUAUUUUCUUUUCUAUGUGUGAUUUUGAAGCUCUUAUAACUUGCUUAGCCUCUUUCUUCCUAAUCUUAUAGCUCAUUCUGUCUUCCUCACUCUGUUUUUUUUUUUUUAUAAUUGCUAAAUGCUAACUUUUAGUUUUUUACUAUUUUGGCCACAUCUGCAGAGUACCACAGUGGUUUCUUGAAUUAUUUGCUUUUACUGAGAAGCCUAAUGCAAUUUUCUGUUGCCUUCAGCAGUGCAACUUUUAAAUAAUCCAAUUUCUCUUGGACUUCAUUUAAAUUGCUCCAGUCUGUUAAUGACUCCUCUACCCAUAUUCUAUUUUUAGAAAAUUCAGUUUUUCUAAAGUCUAAACCUUUUGUUUUUGUGUGGUGUGACAAAGUCACUGUUCUUAUAUUAAACCACACUGACUGAUGAUCACUGGAUCCUAAACUUUCACCUACAGUAAUAUCUUAUACCAAAUAUCCAUUUGUUAACACUAAAUCUAGUAUGGCCUCUUUACAAGUUGGCUCCUCAACGACUUGUUUUAGAGACAAUCCCAGUAGGGUGUUUAGAAUAUGUGUGCUCCUUGCACAAGCAGCUAUUUUCGGUUUUCCAGUUCACAUCAGGAAGAUUAAAGUCACCCGUGAAGCUAACUUCCCCUUUCAUUGUCAUUUUAGCUAACUUCUACUUGUCCUGAGGGCCUAUAAAUCACACCUACACGAGUUGCUGUGUGAUUACCAAAUUCUAACGUAACCCAAAUGGACUCUAUGUUCGCCUCACUAGCUUUUAUUAGGCUAGAUUUUAUGCUAUCCUUUACAUACAGGGCCACCUCUCCUCCUUUCUUGCAUUUCUUUUUUUUUUGUUAAUCAGUUUCCUUUCUUGCAUUUCUCUGUCUUUUCUAUAUAAAAAGUACCCUUGUAUUGCUAUGUCCCAGUAAUUUUUCUCAUUAUACCAUGUCUAAGUAAUAGCGACUAAAUCUACAUCAUCAGUAGCCAUUAUUGCCACAGGUUCAUGGAUCUUAUUCUUUAAAUUGCGAUCAUUUGUAGACAUGACUCUAAGCGUAUAAUUUUUUUAGGCACCUUCUGUCCUUGUUUUGGGGGGCAAUUGGAUUUUAUCACACGUUUACCCCCCCCCCCCUUUCCAAGUUUAAAUAAAUCCUAGCAAAACCUCUGAACUGCUCACUGAGAACAAUUGUUCCCUUUUGAGAAAGAUGCAAACCAUGUUUUUUGUACAGUUUAUUUCCAUUCCAAACAGAGCUACCAUUAGAAAUUAAGACAAAUCCGCGCUCCCAACACCAUUCACCAAGUCACAAGUUAAAGUCCCUAAUACGUAUCUUCCUGUCGUUCUGAGUGUUAUGCACAGGCAGAACUUAAGGGAAUGACAGUGUGGAAGCAACCUGCCGUAUAUCAUUGGCAAAUACACUAAAAACUUCCUUUACCUCUGAAACCUCAUUGCAAGCCAAGUCAUUUGUCCCUAGAUGGACAAGUACAUCCAAUUCCCCUUCCUGCUUUGCUCGCUUAACAAUAUUACAAUUACGUCUCCUGUCUCUGUGAGCAGUAGCUCCGGGAAGAUAUCUCACAAGACCACUAGUGUCCAGCUCCACACCUCUUAUAAUGGAAUCCCCCAACAACAACUGCUUUCUAUUAGGCCUCAUCAUAGUAUCCAAAACAACACUACUCUCAGUGCUGGACAAUGGGCAUGCACGUAGAAUAUUCAAGCCAAAGCACUCGCUGAUUGAGACAGUGAUGGAAAUAGAAAAAAAAAAUCUUUAUAUAUCUCUUAAGUGACUCUUUGUGUGAUUUUGCAAGGUUAGUGAGUAAGCAGGGCGAAUCACUGUGGUUUGCGUGUUUAAAAGUGUAAAAUCUACACAUUACAAGUCAAAUAAAAUACAUGGACUUCACAUUCUAUUGUCCGUAUGCAAUUAAAAUACACAUUUAAUGGACUCUGACAGCCCCACACAUGAAAGAACAAGUGAAUUGCUCAAAAUUAAAUGUGCCCUUUCAGAAAAUAAUUUGUAUCAAUGUUCAUCUGAAUUAUCAAAUUUAGAAAAAAUAUACAGUUUAGAUCCCAGCAAAAAGAGAACCAUUUCAGUUUGCUAUUUAUAUUUAAUAGAAAAUAACAGCCAAAAAUGUGAUUAAAUGUUUGCUUGGGAAAAAGAUUUAAAAAAAGAAUUGGAUAUUACAGACUGUAAUUUAAAUGAACUAAUUUGGAUAAGUGAUGGAGGGGGUGUGGAAAAGUGGACUCAUUGUGUCACAUACUGUGAAUGUGUCCCAACGUGGGCUCACAUUGGAAAUCAGUCAACAAAUUAAUAUGUACAAUCACAGAUUCAAUCCCCCAGUUAACCCCCGAAAUAUGUCUAUUUAACAGAAUUCCAAAUCACCUUCCAAAACACCAAAAAACAAUGCUAGGUCAUAUUUUAAUUGCAGCAACUACAACUAUAACCAGAUAUUGGAAAACUAGUGUUUUGCCAGAUGUUAAAGAGAUUUUAUACUCUAUUCUAGAUAAUAAACAUCACAAACAUUACAUUCUAUGUAUAUAUAUUUAAAAAAUUUAAUAAAAAUUUUGAAACAAAUAAAAUACAUGAAAUACAUCAAAUGAAAAAUAUGCUUUACCACCUAUUUCCAAAAGGGGUUUAAAUAGUUCAUCCCACUCACAUCUACACACGUUUACAUUUGGGGGCAUAAUUACUGCCCCUGCAGCCUUGCAAAUGAAACCAAUGCAGUUUAAGUUUUACAGUUUACAUGCAUACUAGUUGUUGUCAGACAUUCAGUCACUAGGAGCCUCAAACUAGAUUCAAGAUUCAAUCUAUUUAACAACAAAGUAUGAUAAUGACCGACUCUGUGCUUGUCUGAUGCUUAUUUACGAGAAGAACUGGAUUCAGUGCUUCUCUAUGAGAAGCAUUAGAUUGGGGGUUCACGGUGAUUGCUGCUUGUGUACGCUUUCCUCCGUGCUUCUUUAUAAAGAGCAUCUGAUUGGAUAAAACUCAUAGGGAUAAAUGACUUAAUCAGUGAAGCGGUGAUUAGAUUGUCCUGGAAUAAAGAUGAGAUUGAUGAGUUUGUUUUUUAUUAUUGUUAUUGUUAUUAUAAGUAACAUAUCUAUUUCCUUUAAAUAUUUAGGAGGCAUUACAGAAACCCUAAAGUUCACUUUAUAUAACCUUAUUAACUCCUUAUUAUCUGCUUCAUUAAAAAGAUUUACUUAUAUUUUCCAUUAAUAAUAGGCAUCAGGCUGGAUGGUUUCCAUUUCGACAAGAAGGUCAACAGCCAGCAAGAGUCAAUGUUGUAGAUGUGGAUCGAGAGAGAGCAGACAAUGAUUUUCAGGACAUGGUAAAUACUCACAGCCAUUUAUUUUUAACAUAUUCUCUAUUUUUCUUCCUCUUAAGUAACAUUGUUUACCCUUUUAUUAAUGUCAAAGCAUCACUUGAUGGUUUCAUUUAACCAGUGAGAACCAAUAUUUGUCCAUACUGAAGGACAACUGGAGGACAUCAAGCAUUCUGCUUAUCAACAGAAGAUGUUUGCAGGAUUGCUGAUUUAAAAUUGGCUGCUCAGUGCUGGCAGAGGGUCUUUAACGCGGAUUGCAAUGUCCUUGUAAAAUGUUAAUUGUUAUUCAAGUUUCAAAAUCACUAGAACCCACUGUGGUGGUUAUGAUGCCAGAAGUACGGUGGCACCAUUCCAUGGCAAGGGGGCAAACCUGGGUCCCACCGGAUGGCGAAUAUGCUGAAUUGCUGGCUGAACUGACAUCUAACUUCUGCAGGAGGUUAUGAUGCUUAUCCUGCCAUUUAUUUGUUGGCUGAGUGUUGAGUGCAAAAAAUAUGGAGAAUCUGUACUAUGUGAGGAUUUAUUUUCUCGUUUUGAAUAUAUAGAUAGAUUUGAAUUUUUGGUAGUUGGUUGUGAAACUAUCCUCCAAGGUUUGAAUAUCUUGGCCUAUUAUAAACAUUCUUGAAUUUAUUAUAUAUAUUUUCUGGAGUUGGUUAAUAAAGAUUGAUUUGUACCUUUCUUAAAAAAAUAAAAUCUCUAGAUCUGUCUGAAUGUGCAGUUAAAAUUCCGCUAGUCCUCCUGGUGUCUUUCUACGCUUGUUGUUGAUGACUCAUACCUGGGUUAUAGCACCUUCUACUGACAAUUUUAGGAAAUAACUGUUUGACAGUUGAUUUAUAAUAUAUUUAAAAAAAAAAAAAAAGAAGAGAUUUCAACUCGCAUUAUAUACAUGCUAGCAUGGAGGCUCUGUUUUCUUUAUUACCAGCCAAUUAAGAUCCACUGAAUAUAUAGCAUGGAGAUCCAUUUUUUGUUUCUUGAGACAGAUUUUCAGAGCUAUGGAUAUUUAUUGCUGCAGGACAAAGUUCAAAUGAUUUAUUCGUAAUAAAAAAUAAUGAUAAGAAGUAGCAAUAUGUUUUGGGUGUAGGAAACAUUAUAUCGAAGGUAGAUUACAGGAACAACCUACAAAAAAAAAUGGCAAAAUAAUAAACACCGGCACUUAAUUUUUUUAUUUAAAUUGUCUGGAUAUAGAAAUAUAAAUGUCAGCUUUUAGAAUUUACUAUAUGGCUUAAUAAUUUGAACCAUUUAUUUAAGAUAAUAAAUACAAUGAAAUAAUGACCUGUAUGUUGAUUUUUUUUUUCCCCUUUUUUUCUCCAUUCUUUAUUUUUCAUUCAGAUUACAAUAUUCUCACAUAGAUUACUUGACAGAGAAAAUUGUGUUACAUUGCUAUGUUGUAUACAGGGAGUGCAGAAUUAUUAGGCAAGUUGUAUUUUUGAGGAUUAAUUUUAUUAUUGAACAACAACCAUGUUCUCAGUGAACCCAAAAAACUCAUUAAUAUCAAAGCUGAAUAUUUUUGGAAGUAGUUUUUAGUUUGUUUUUAGUUAUAGCUAUGUUAGGGGGAUAUCUGUGUGUGCAGGUGACUAUUACUGUGCAUAAUUAUUAGGCAACUUAACAAAAACAAAUAUAUACCCAUUUCAAUUAUUUAUUAUUACCAGUGAAACCAAUAUAACAUCUCAACAUUCACAAAUAUACAUUUCUGACAUUCAAAAACAAAACAAAAACAAAUCAGUGACCAAUAUAGCCACCUUUCUUUGCAAGGACACUCAAAAGCCUGCCAUCCAUGGAUUCUGUCAGUGUUUUGAUCUGUUCACCAUCAACAUUGCGUGCAGCAGCAACCACAGCCUCCCAGACACUGUUCAGAGAGGUGUACUGUUUUCCCUCCUUGUAAAUCUCACAUUUGAUGAUGGACCACAGGUUCUCAAUGGGGUUCAGAUCAGGUGAACAAGGAGGCCAUGUCAUUAGAUUUUCUUCUUUUAUACCCUUUCUUGCCAGCCACGCUGUGGAGUACUUGGACGCGUGUGAUGGAGCAUUGUCCUGCAUGAAAAUCAUGUUUUUCUUGAAGGAUGCAGACUACUUCCUGUACCACUGCUUGAAGAAGGUGUCUUCCAGGAACUGGCAGUAGGACUGGGAGUUGAGCUUGACUCCAUCCUCAACCCGAAAAGGCCCCACAAGCUCAUCUUUGAUGAUACCAGCCCAAACCAGUACUCCACCUCCACCUUGCUGGCGUCUGAGUCGGACUGGAGCUCUCUGCCCUUUACCAAUCCAGCCACGGGCCCAUCCAUCUGGCCCAUCAAGACUCACUCUCAUUUCAUCAGUCCAUAAAACCUUAGAAAAAUCAGUCUUGAGAUAUUUCUUGGCCCAGUCUUGACGUUUCAGCUUGUGUGUCUUGUUCAGUGGUGGUCGUCUUUCAGCCUUUCUUACCUUGGCCAUGUCUCUGAGUAUUGCACACCUUGUGCUUUUGGGCACUCCAGUGAUGUUGCAGCUCUGAAAUAUGGCCAAACUGGUGGCAAGUGGCAUCGUGGCAGCUGCACGCUUGACUUUUCUCAGUUCAUGGGCAGUUAUUUUGCGCCUUGGUUUUUCCACACGCUUCUUGCGACCCUGUUGACUAUUUUGAAUGAAACGCUUGAUUGUUCGAUGAUCACGCUUCAGAAGCUUUGCAAUUUUAAGAGUGCUGCAUCCCUCUGCAAGAUAUCUCACUAUUUUUGACUUUUCUGAGCCUGUCAAGUCCUUCUUUGACCCAUUUUGCCAAAGGAAAGGAAGUUGCCUAAUAAUUAUGCACACCUGAUAUAGGGUGUUGAUGUCAUUAGACCACACCCCUUCUCAUUACAGAGAUGCACAUCACCUAAUAUGCUUAAUUGGUAGUAGGCUUUCGAGCCUAUACAGCUUGGAGUAAGACAACAUGCAUAAAGAGGAUGAUGUGGUCAAAAUACUCAUUUGCCUAAUAAUUCUGCACUCCCUGUAAUAUGUUGUAAAGCAGAGAGUAAUGUACAGACAAUAUAUAUGCAAGUAGAGUUACGGCAUUUAAAUAUAAUAAUAAUUUUGGGCAUUCAUGACCAAAUGGUUACCGAACAUUCAAGAAACCUAGUAGUAGUAAUUAUAAACGCCUCUCUCCACUUUGUGGUAAACUGGUUAAUAUAAAGACUAAAAUGCCAAGUAUUAGUUAGCUGUGAUACUCUCUCUCAGGUCUUGAGGAUUUUAUUCUUUUUGGAAAUAACCCAAAAAAGGAGUUUUGGGAAUGAAGAAAGAGGAGGAGAUAGAGAAAGUAGUGAGGGAUCAGGGGGUCUCUGGUCAGCAGUGUCAGGGGCCAUUCUUAUAGUCUUCCCAUGGCUAAAGAGAUUAAUUUUAAGAGCAAAAGCUGUGACCUGAUCAUUUUUCCUGACUGAAAGGAGCAUAAUCAGAUGUUGACAGCCGCUGCUCCCGUACUAGUUAGUUAUAAGAUGGCUUUAAAUGUAAAGCAGCACAGCUGUAUUUUUAUUUGAAUUGUUUGUUGUUGCUGAUACUGCACAAUACAAAGAAUGAUUCUGCAACUCUACUGAAAACCCACCAAUAGAUCACAAUAUAUGCCCUUAAAAAGCACCAACAUAUUAUGUCACAAAGAAUGUAGUUCUAAACAGGAAAAAUUAAUUAUUCCAUGAACCAUAAAGGCAGCACUCACCCUGUGCACCUCAGGUAAGUGGAGCUGUCCUCUUCAAACCUCUGUAACAACUUACUUUCUUCCUUCUACAUUUGACAAAGGCGUAUGUAAACGCUGAAACGCACGUCGAACGUUUUGCCGAUGCAUUUACUUUAACUAAGCAUUUAUUUUCUACUUUUUACCUGGGUUUGACGGAUGUCCGCUUUCAUUACUUAUCUAUUUAUUUAUUUUUUCCAAGUAUGUGCUUACAUAAGCUUAUAGGGAUUUGCUAGGCUGCCUUGAAGCAGCAGUUUAGUAUCUAUGGCCUGCCUGUGGGCUAGAUAGUAAGCCAAGGGUUUUCUAGGAUAUUGUCUCCUUUCCUCUAAAGUUACUAAUUUCGGAGGGGGCUUUUUUUGAUUUAAGGUACUGCUGUCAUAUCGCUGUGGAUUUUAUGUAUUUUUUAAUCUCAUCCAAGGGGAUAUAUCACUAUUGGAUUUCCCCUAUAGUUUAUAUUGCCAAAUGAGACAUAUAGCCUCCCAGAGAGUCUGUACAGCAGGGUCGGCUACAUAGCUCUAUACCUGUUUGUGCUUCUUCAUGAAUUUAUUUUCCACCAGUAAGCUAUCUUGGUAUACUCUAUUGAGACACUAUUUAUAAUGACCACAGUUUAACUCCAGUACCAUAUCGGCAUUUCUACUAUCGCUAGGUACCACGAUCCCAGCUAUAUAUAUCACUUACGGAUUUUACAGUUUUUGCGCGACUUGGUUUAUUUAAUUUUCAUCUUUUGUACGGAGCAGUCUGUACUUAUGUUCCGUUUCUCUUAUAUAUUGGUCCACAUAUCGGAUGUCCCUAUAGUCUUACUUGGUCCUCUUUAGAGGCCUUACUACUAUUUAUUUUAGUGGACUCUAUACGUAUGUGCACAUACAAUAUAUAUAUCAUUUUCUAUGAGAUUAAGGAACAUAUCCCCAGGUUUUUAAUUCCUCACCUUUAUGUGAUUUUCACUAACACAACUUUCUAUGGUGUUUCUAUCCAGGGUAAGCUUUAUACCUAUUAUAUAUAUUUUCUUUGCUUAAUUUUAGUUCAAUAAAGGUUAUUACCAUUUUCUUUGUUACGUUUACUUUAGGAGGUAAUCUUCUAGAGUGAGAUUGAAUCACAUUCACUUUUGAGUGAGUUUUUUUUUUCUAUCUCACUCUUUCAGUUGGUAGUUAUUUACUUGUUGUGGGGUCAAGCCCCCGUGUUACCUCUUGUAACCUACCUUGGGGUUCUUACGUUGGCUAGUCCAACAUCACCACUCCUAUCUCAUAUUUAUGAUAGUGGAAUGUGGUCGAUGCCCAUAAAUAUCUAUGUGGGUAAUUGGUGACAUGCCUCCAAAAAACAAGUCACCAGUUUGUCAGAAAAGCCAUCCUUGUCUGCUAGCCUCAUGGACAAACAAUGCCCUCCUCAUUCAUUUAUGUAGUUUAUUUUCAGUUUUACCCACCUAGACAAAUGUUAUUCCUUGCUUUUGACGAGGCUCUGUCCUGUGUAUGUUUCCUGUAACCCUUCAGAAGAAACCUGUCAUAUACGGCUUUGUGUGUGUGUGUACGUAUAUAUGAGCAUGUAUGUAUAAAUUCAUUUGAGGACCUAUGCUCUAACCAGGCCUUAGAGAUUGCUCACCACUGCAAGCCAUAGCAUACUAGAUGUGAAUGUCUACUCGCCAGGGCUAAAAUAUCACUAGCUAGUAGUAAAUGGAAAUUGUGAGCCCUAUAUGUAUGUUUAUGUAUGUACGUAUGUACGUACAUACGUACGUACGUACGUGUGUUUAGAUUUUUCAUUUUUGUCAUACCAGUUACCCAAUACUCGCUAAACCCAAUGCACAUUAUAAGGAUGUAAAAGCAUACACUUUGUUAAUGGAGAACCACUUAUAGACUUUUGUUGCUUUCUCUCAAAAGGAACGUAGGAUGGAUGAAGGAUUGGUGGAUGAGGGAAGAGAUGACACAGGAGAUGAUGCAGCAGCAGUUCCACACCCAGGACUUGUGGCAUCUGCAUGGUCUUUCAUUACAACCUUCUUCACAUCACUGAUCCCAGAAGGCCCUCCAUAAAUUGCAAAUUAAGCUACGAAUUUACUGCCAGCUGCAUUUAAAACCAGAACAGGGGGUUCCUUAGAAAAAGUGUUUCAGAAAAAAAAAGUGCAAUCAAACUUUUCUUUCAUUUGUUUUUGUUGUACUGUACAGUUUUUUUUCCUUACUAUUUCAAGCACAAGGUGGACUUAUAAUUUCUUUCUCUCUAAAAAAAACAAAAAAACAACAAAAAAACACACUUUAGAGAAGUGUAAAAGGUAAGAGGAUGUGUCUUCCAUGUGUUUUUUUAAUUUUGUCUUUAUCAAAAGCAUUUAAUGUAUGCUAUGUUCGUCUUUCAAGACUGCCUCUAGCUCACCAACUUGUCAAGAGUGUUAAACCCUAAAUUCAUGUUGAAUAAAUGGUAUUAAUUCUCUGCUGGUGGCAGAUAAAACCUUCUAUUCAUUAGUAGGUUCUGUUACUGAAGAGUGUUGGUAGUGAACAGGAGGAGCAGAGCGGAUGUGUGUCUAUAAUAUAUAGAGAUUGAAUUGCAAAACAGAAAUGGUUUAUUGAAUAAGACCCAAUGCUUUUUCUAAUUGUGAGUGCCAGUUCCUAAAAAUAGUGUUACAUCAAUCUAUUGGCACUGGGGAGGAGUUAAGUAUGAAAAGUAAUUAAAGGGGAAAUCUCUAGUAGUAGAACAAUCUGCUUCCAUGGGGAUUGCUCAACUGUUAAAUAUUUCUACUAGAAUUGCUUUUUGUAUAUAACCAAUCUCCUGAUUUACUGUAUAGUUACAAAUUGUGUUUUGAGCCUUUUGAAAUGCCUUAAAUAAUGGUAAUGAUACUAAACGUAAGACAAAGAAAACAAAUGGGACUUACAUGGUGGAUAUCUAUGGCAAAGCAUGGUAUGAAAGGUGCUAGUUUUAUAGGACAGAAGUGAUACUUUGCUGUCCCUGUAUUAUUGUAAGGUAUUAUUUCAUAGUAUUAACAUAUUUUUGUUUCACUUUGAAUAAAUCUUAUCGUGAACCUUUAAGUAAUUAAGUCAUUUUAUUUUGGGCUGCUGUGCUGAAUGAAUACAAUCAUAUCUAUUCACUGGGUUCAAAUGGUUUCCAGCAAAUUCCUAGCUUAAGAGCAAAGAUGAAUGCUCGAUUGAGGUUUGGCACAGGUCUCAAAUUUUUUAAUUUGGCACUAGGGAGUGAAAAUAUAACCCUGACAAGUAGAAAUAAAUUCACCACUUCUGAGGGUGCCAUGGACUCGCCAGUUUUGCAAUGACGAGUAGCUUUUAAGAUCUAGUUAGUAGUGUAGGACUCAAACCAAUCUCAGGAAUAUUUAUCAACAUUCAGUAUUGGAAAACCAAGACUCUCUUUUCUCACCUACAACUUAAUUAUUAUUACUAUUUUUUUUUUCUUUUUAACUAUUUCGAUUGUAAAGCCUACUGAUGCAGUAUGGUUCUGUUACCACCUGGUAAUAUUCUGAUUCAACACAUUAGUUUUUUUUUUUUUAAAUUCUUUAUUUUUGACGUGCCAGAAUGGAAACAGGUUUACUCAAUAUGCCACAGAAGCAUACGUAAAAUAGGUAAUGACAAUACGCUGAACAACAUGUAAGGGGUUUGUGCACAUUUUUGAGUGUACGUUAAGAGUGGUAUAUUAAAACAUGUAUUGAACAUAAGAGAUAACAGUAAGAUCCUAUAGUUAGUUCCAAUCGGGUUGGCAUUCCAGGUUUAAGCUAUCGUGAGGAAAGUGUAAGGGUUAUCCCGCGAUACCAGAGCCGAGUUACGGCAUCUGCAGUUCAUUGAUCAGUAUGAGUUCUAACUUCUGCUGUCUCUCAUAGAUAUUUUGCUCCCUGGGGCUGCGGUUGCUUGCUGUGGGUCUACGGGUGGGUUGGGGGGGUGUUGUGUGGGUAAGGGAGUCAGGUCUAGAUGCGAGUCCCAUUGCAGUACUGCACCUAGUAAUGAAAGGCCGAUUGCGCAUCUGCGUGUCCCAAGUGUAUGUCCGGCGUUGUCCUAGCUUUGUGCUCUGUGUGAGGGUGGCUCAUGCGGCUCCAUCAGGUUAGUUUAGGCCCUCAGUCCGUCAGUGCGUGGGUCUACGCUUCUGGUGCUGUGGUCUGUCAGGGAGUGAGUUGGGCUCGGCUAAGAGGUGCUGAGAAGGUGGUGGGGGGAGUACUCCCGCGCAUCAGUCGGGUGUGGGCGGGGUUACUUCCGCAGCAGUGCGUCUCUCGGGGUCUAAUGUACAGUACGGUUUGUUAGUAUGGAGUGUCAUGUAAGGGAGAGGGAGAACAUAUGAGUAAGAAGCAUAACAUAAAAACAUAAAGAAAAAUAUAUGUACGAAUAUCUUUGAUCCCCAUUUGUCCAAUUAGGGCCGUUUCAGUGGGUCCAAGAGGCUCGUAUUGAGGCAGUGUGUGCUCGGGUGCUCCCGGGUGUAUCUUGCAACUUAGGUGCAAAGGCAGAGUCCAAAGUAGUCCCAUGGGACCCCGAGCCACAGUUGAUGUGUGUCUUCAGGACGGUUAGGGAGGUGGUGAGUCCCUAUUUUCAGGGCUUGGUUGCCCCACUCAUCUCUGGAUUUCUUCUUUGUGGCACGAACGGUGUAAUCUUCGCUGGAUCCCAGCGUGGGGCCGCAGUGGUGGUCGCCAAGUGCCCCUGCGGGGUUAGAGAGUCCUCUGGCAGACCGAGAGUUGGAAGUAGCUUCUCCGCUCCUUGUAGGUCUGUUACUGUGUAUGUCGCAUUGUUUCGUUGGACUUGCAGAGCCCUUGGUGUGCGCCAUCUGUAUGUUAUGUCGCUCUGCCUUAAAAGCGCUGUGAAUGUUUGGAGAGAGCGCCGUCACUGCAGGGUGUCCCCGGACAGGUCGGCGUAGAAGGUAAGGGCUGCAUUCUCGAAAACAUAUGGUGUUCUUCCUUUGAGGGACGCGAGGACCGCUGCCCUGUUGGCGCCCAUGCAGAAUUUCACUACAACGUCUCCUGAGGAGGUGGCUGGGGCUUUCCGCGGCUUAGGGACUCUGAAAACCGCUUCAAUGGCAGCAUUCCGGGCCUGUUUCUUCGUUAGAAGCGCUCCGAUGAGCCUCCUUGUUAAAUGCGGGAGUUCCUCCGCUGGGAUGUCGUCCGGGAUGCCCCGUAUUUUCACAUUGUUGCGGCGUCUGAGGUCCUCAAGGUCCGCAAAUCGUUGGUCAGUGGUCUAUAGGUGUUUUUUUGAGUGUUUGUACCGCCGACCGCAGCUCCUUUAUGACCUGUGCCUGUUUGUCUGACAAGGCCUCCAGAGCCCCAAUGCGGCCUACCAGGCCUGUCAAGUCUGUGCAAAGCUGGGCCACGUCGGCCUGCAGCACUCUCUGUAAGUCACCCAGCAUGGAUCGCAGCGUCUCUGUGAUAACUGGGUCAGGUGGCCCCUUUUUCGGGGCUGGGUGCGCUAAUGGGGCAAACAUACCGCCUGUGCAGUCCUCAAGGCUCUGGUCGUCUGAGGAGUCUGUGUAGUCAGCGAGGUCAGUGGUCAUUUUGGGCCCAUGUGUCCCUUGCGCCUGUCGGAAUAAAUCUCCAAUGUCAGGCCCCGUUUUGGGUUAGUCCGGUCUCUGUUUUUUAGUUUUUCUCCCCAUUUUCCAGUGGGUUCGUGGGAUAGCUUUGAAGCACCUUAACACAUUAGUUUUAACUAGGCCAUGUGUAUCAUUUUGAUUUUGCAACAGGGACCUUUCUUUGCAGCAGAAAGAAACGGUCAUCCUGUUUUCUGCUGCUUCUCCGACAGCCAUCCAUGACUUGCUGGCUACACGUGAACACUGACUGUGCUGUCAUCCCCACCUGUUCAGCAGUCAGACAGUGGUGCACUUUAACAGAGUAAAACCAUGUCCAUUUUAUUUCCCACUGUCAGUAUUUUGACUCUUAAGUCUAUAAAAUUACAUUUCAAAAUUUAAUGUCACUUUAUGUUUGAAAUGGUUGUUAAUUAGUUUAAACCUCUAAAGGACAAAAUCUGAAACUUUCUCUAUGUACUGAAAAAUAUCCAGUAACAAUAGUUAGAUUUAAUAUUAUACGAUUUAUACGUUUAUGUGUCUAGAAUGUAGAACUGAUGUAUUUAAAUUACACUUUUUGAUUACUUUUUCCACAGAAAAACAAACGAUUAAAACGUGUAAUAAGUGUGUCUAUGCAUUUCAAGAUAUGACACAUUUGAAACACUGUUUAAGCAUUUUGGAAGCAGCGAGAUUUUAUAUAGAGUUUGAUUUGCUUAAUUUUUGUUGUUUCUAUAACUCUCUCUUCUUUUCUAAUAGCAUAUUUAUUUUUAUUAAGGAUAUGUGUAUAUAUAAGCAUUUUUCUCUGUGAUGGAUACGGUUUGUAUAAAAUAUCUUUAUUUAAAUACAUACUAUAGUUUACAUUGUUAUGCAGUCAGUGUAUUUAUCUGUAUUUUUGUUUUUUUAUUCACAAAAAUUUUGUUGAGCAUCCAAAUCCAAUAUUUAAGAAAUUCCAUAUCUUUUGGGCAAACAGUAGUAGGUUUAAUGUGUAAACUUAAUUUUUUUUCAUUUAUUUUUAUUUAAUUAUAUUUAAUUUCCAGAAACUGGAAUGUGAAGUAGUCUUGGUUUGACUUGUAAGACCAUUUAGCACUUUGUGUAGUUAAUAUAGUGAAAUGCAUGCUGUUUUUUUUUUUUUUUUUAAGCUUGACUUCGUGAUUUUAUUGUAAUUUUUGUAAUGCUCCAAUGUGGGAGUUGCUUUCUAAUGGUGAGGAAUAAAAAGGAACGGAUUAGUCAGAGAUCUGAAGAGGCCAAUUUUGGAUUGGUGAAACACAGCAUCAUGUAAAAGACAUUUGGCAUGACUCCAAGGGCUAAACUGUGAUACAUUUUUGGCAUAUGCCUGAGCUGACGGACUGCUAACAGGUCCGAUAGAGAUAAAAUGCUUUCAUUUUGGUUUAUAUUUGUUUUGAUUGUUGAAGCUUUUUUUUCUUACUAGGACUGGAGAUGUGUAAGUAAAGUCGUAUGUUCCAUGCUGUCUUUAUGUGGAGUUAGAGAAUGAGGUGCAGACUUAUUAAUACAAGCCAGAAGAUGUACCUGCCGUUACAGUUGUAACAGUACUUAUUUGCUCCUUCAUUUUGAGUAACCAGCACACCUGCUUCUAUUCUGAUCUAAAACAAUGUUCUGAGAUUUUUUUGUGAAGGAAACUGAUAAUUAAUUUGGGAACUGCAUUAGUAUAAAUGCCGCUAUCUUUUUCUCAAUUUUUUUUUUCUUUCUAUUUAAAGUGGCUCUGUCAUGGAUUUUAUUUCCCCCCAAUUUUGCCUUCCUUAUUCCCAUUGUAUCAUAAUGAUUAUAAUCCCCUCUUUGCCACUUACAUAUAUGCAUAUAUAUAUAUUCCAUUCUUUAAAGGAUCACUAUAGGGUCAGGAACACAAACAUGUAUUCCUGACCCUAUAGUGUUAACACCACCAUCUAGCCCCCCUGGGCCCCUAAUGCCUUCAUAAAUAUAGUAAAAAAUCUUACUGUAUUCAAGCCUGAAGCUGUAAAUCUGCAUGCUGUUAGGCUCAGAAAAACAAGCCGUCUGCUGACAUGUGGUAGCCUGAUCCAAUCACAGUGCUUCCCCAUAGGAUUGGCUGAGACUGAGAAAGAGGCAGAUCAGGGGCAGAGCCAGCAUGGCCAAUCAGCACAGCCCUGGCCAAUCAGCAUCUCCUCAUAGAGAUGAAUUGAAUCAAUGAAUCUCUAUGAGGAAAGUUCAGUGUCUGCAUGCAGAGGGAGGAGAUACUGAAUUACAGGAUGCUGUGCGCAGUGCUGCCCUGUGCUCUGCUGACAGCAGUUCUGAGUGGAUGGAGGCAUAUUAUGCCUCCAUCAACUCCGAAGUCCCUCUGGUUCACUGUGAGUGACUGCAACUGGAGGUGUUCCUAGCUUUCAAUGUAAACACUGUAUUUUCUCAGAAAAUACAGUGUUUACAUGAAAAAGACUGCAGGGAGCUAUAGUUCUUACCUGAACAACCUCAUUAAGCUGAAGUUGUUUAGGUGACUAUAGUGUCCCUUUAAAUGGAAAGAAAAAAAAUAGAGAAAAAGAUGGCAUUUAUACUAAUGCAGUUCCUAGAGUAAUUAUCAUUUUUUAUAUAUAUAUACAUUUGCAAGAAAAAGUAUGUGAACUCUUUGGAAUGAUAUGGUAUUCUGCACAAAUUGGUCAUAAAAUGUGAUCUGAUCAUCAUCUAAGUCACAACAAUAAAGAAUCACAGUCUGCUUAAAGGACCACUCUAGGCACCCAGACCACUUCAGCUUAAUGAAGUGGUCUGGGUGCCAGGUCCAGCUAGGAUUAACCCAUUCUUUUAUAAACAUAGCAGUUUCAAUCCUCUAGUGGCUGUCUCAUGAAAAUCACAGUGAGAGCACGCAAGCAUCCAUAGGAAAGCAUUGUUAAUGCUUUCCUAUGCGACCGGCUGAAUGCGCACGCAGCCAGCCGACGGGGAGGAACGGAGGAGGAUCGGAGGAGGAGAGCUCCCCGCCCAGCGCUGGAAAAAGGUACGUUUUUACCCCUUUCCCCCUUCCAGAGCCGGGCGGGAGGGGGACCCUGAGGGUGGGGGAACCCUCAGGGCACUAUAGUGCCAGGAAAACGAGUAUGUUUUCCUGACACUAUAGUGGUCCUUUAAACUAAUAAAGAAUGAAAUGUUGCCAUGUUUUUAUUGAACACACCAUGUAAACAUUCACAGUGCAGGUGGAAAAAGUAUGUGAAACCUUGGAUUUAAUAACUGGUUGAACCUCCUUUGGCAGCAAUAACUUCAACCAAAUGUUUCCAGUAGUUGCAGAUCAGACGUGCACAACGGUCAGGAGUAAUUCUUGACCAUUCCUCAUAACAGAACUGUUUCAGUUCAGCAAUAUUCUUGGGAUGUCUGGUGUGAAUCGCUUUCUUGAGGUCAUGCCACAGCAUCUCAAUCGGGUUGAGGUCAGGACUCUGACUGGGCCACUUCAGAAGGCUUAUUUUCUUCUGUUUAAGCCAUUCUGUUGUUGAUUUACUUCUAUGCUUUGGGUCAUUGUCCUGUUGCAACACCCAUCUUCUGUUGAGCUUCAGCUGGUAGACAGAUGGCCUUAAGUUCUCCUGCAAAAUGUCUUGAUAAAUUUGGGAAUUCAUUUUUCCUUCGAUUAUAGCAAUCCGUCCAGGCCCUGGCGCAGCAAAGCAGCCCCAAACCAUGAUGCCCCCACCACCAUACCUUACAGGUGGGAUGAGGUUUUGAUGUUGGUGUGCUGUGCCUUUUUAUCGCCACACAUAGUGUUGUGUGUUUCUUCCAAACAACUCAACUUUGGUUUCAUCUGUCAACAGAAUAUUUUGCCAGUACUGCUGUGGAACAUCCAGGUGCUUUUGUGCAAACUGUAAACGUGCAGCAAUGUUUUGUUUGGACAGCAGUGGCUUCCUCUGUGGUAUCCUCCCAUGAAAUCCAUUCUUGUUUAGUGUUUUACGUAUUGUAGAUUCGCUAACAGGGAUGUUAGCGUUUGCCAGUGACUUUUGUAAGUCUUUAGCUGACACUCUAGGAUUCUUCUUCACCUCAUUGAGCAGUCUGCGCUGUGCUCUUGCAGUCAUCUUUACAGGAUGGCCACUCCUAGGGAGAGUAGCAGCAGUGCUGAACUUUCUCCAUUUAUAGACAAUUUGUCUUACCGUGGACUGAUGAACUUCUGAGAGCUCUUUUGUGCAAGGCAUCAUUCACAUCAGGCAAUGCUUCUUGUGAAAAGCAAACCCAGAACUGGUGUGUGUUUUUUAUAGGGCAGGGCAGCUGUAACCAACACCUCCAAUCUCAUCUCAUUGAUUGGACUCCAGUUGGCUGACAUCUCACUCCAAUUAGCUCUUGGAGAUGUCAUUAGUCUAGGGGUUCACAUACUUUUUCCACCUGCACUGUGAAUGUUUACAUGGAGUGUUCAAUAAAAACAUGGCAACAUUUCAUUCUUUGUGUGUUAUUAGUUUAAGCAGACUGUGAUUGUCUAUUGUUG